GUUUUUAAUUUGGCCUAAAUUUUUAUUCAAUUUGAAUUCCUGUCAAUUUUGAGUUUUAACUCUCCAACUCACUGAUCAAGAAAAACUUCUAUAUCUGUUAUAAUUUAAAUCUUUGCUCUUCCGAGCUGCAGAGAAGAAAACACAAGCCAGUUGUUGGGAAUUUGUGUCCUGUCAAAAUGAGUGUAAGAAAUUGCCUGUCUAUGCUACACUACAACCUCUAUCAUGUUCCAUGUGAUUCUGGCUAAGGCUGUUGGGAGUUAAAAUAUACAUCUGCUGUAAUAGGAUAGUGAGGCAACCACUUGUUAAACAACAUAUGUGGAUAUAACUCCAACUUCAUCCAGAUUUUUACUGAGCCCGAUAAUAAUUCAGUCUAGAAUAGCUUUUUAUAGCAAGCCACCAUUUUAAUGGACACAGAAAAAUGAAUAGUAAAAAAAUGGCAUUUGAAGUAAUGCAGUCCUAAAGUAUGAUUUUUUUUGUAGGGAUACGAGUGCACAUCUCAAUAAACCACCCAUCUCUAUGAGAAGCUUUGGACUAGAUAUUUGUCAUCAAUGCUUCUUUUUGAGAAGCAUUUGAUUGGACAGUGCCCAGCACUAACAUGGAACUGCUGGGCAAAAAGGCAGUGAAUCUUCAUUAGAUGCAGAGGACAGUUCUGCAGCUAAUAAAAGGUAGGUUUUUAGGUCUAAGGAAAUAAUGCAACUUCUAAUAAAUGUAUUUUUUGUUCAUUGAAUUAUUUAUAUGAAUUUAAAAUUUUAUCUUUUUCUACCAAAAUCUUGUUUUUGUUCAUAAUACAUUCGUUUUGUAUAUAACACAUAACGGAGAGUGAAUGGCAUUUUCAUGUGUUUUUAUUUUUUUUUUGUCAAUCUUUCUUUAUUGAGACAGUAUGCAGCACAUAACAGAUAAGAAGGGACGGAGUUAUAGCACAUUUACAAAUGACAAUAGUGUAGUAUGCAGUACUAGAUAGACUCCUGAUUGAGCUGCCUUUUUGUAAGAUAACAUAAACAAGCGAGGUAAACAUGUCUAGGUAUAGGAAUAUACAGAAUUGCUAAGGGCAUAGCGUAAUCUUGACAUGUGGGUAUAUAUUAGAGCAAGGGAAAAAUUCACUAAACAUGCCAUACUAAACAAGUUAUAAAAUAGCUGUAAUGCCCUGGUGUAUUGUCCACAACUCGGAGAUAGGAAGGAGAAAGGAGAAAAAAUGUGAAAUCCCUGCCUAAUAUGCCAGAUUACACAGGUCGUUAGGCCGGGUCUCCGUCAGCAGGGUGUAGCAAGUCUGUAAGAGUUGCAGUGAUUGUGGUUGUUCUGUACAGCUCUGAAGGGUUUAAAACUGCUUAACUUGCCAUUAGGUACUGAUAUCGGUUAAGGUGAGCAGUGUUGCUUUACGGGGUACCUAAGGGUGAUAAGGGGUGAGUGAAUUAUGUUGUGGGGGUGUCGCUUUGUGUCAGUGUGAUGCCGUGGCCUGGGAGGGGGGGGUUGAGUGAUGGUCCAUGCACCCGUGGGACUGGUGUCUGUUGCUAUGGUCCAUCAGUCAGUGGUUCCCGGUCUCAUUCUUGUUAUAGGUACGCCAUGCUAGAGGUGACAUGUAGUGUGUCACAUUAGAGGUGCCCCUAACCAAGGGGGUUGCGGGGGGCGGGGGGGAGAAUAUAGCAGUGCAUCCUGUUUAAGGCUUUGAGUAGUGUGGGCAGGGAAAACGCUCGGUGGAGCUUAAUGGUCCAGCCGACUCAGGCACUUAGUUGUGGGGGAGAGGUGUCUGUUUAGCGGGUUGUACGUCAAACAUGUUACGAAAACUUAACAUUGCAAACAUUGUAAACAAUAACACAAUUAAUGUCUGGUGAGAGGCUGGUGCUCUGUGGCACAGCGGGUCGUUGCAGUCAUGUCUCUAUUUGGGUCAGCGUGGUGCCUCUUUGCACGAAAGGCAUCAGACGAAUAGGGUCCCAUAUUCAGCCAGCCGGUGGUGUUUCUUCUCCAUCAAUAGCAGGUAGUCACAGAGUCUGCAAGAAUUGCGGUGCGUCCGUAAUGGACGUGAGCUGGUAGGUAGCACCCUGGUGAGUCACAGUUAGAGUCCUUGGGGGUUAGAGUCCUUGGGGGUCCCCAUCUGUAGGUCAGGCCAGAGUCCCGCAAGCGGCCAGUGAUUGGUCUGAGUGAUUUACGCCACUGCAGUGUGGACCUUGUAAGGUCUUGAUAAAACGUGAGAUGUGCAUUCUCAAACAGGUAUGGUGUUUUAUCACGCACCGCGGUCAUGAUGCUUCUCUUAUCUAGUAGUGAGGCGCACCGGACUAUGCGUUUGGGGGCUGUGGCAGUCUAUAUGUCCCAUCUAUGGUCAGUUUCCUGGCUGUGUGUUGGGGUAGAAUAGUGGCCAGCAGGCGCCUCAGGUAGUGUGGCAACUCCUCCGAGGGGAUCCCGUUGAGUAUGCCCCUCACCGUGAUAUGGUGCCGCCUGCUUCUCUCCUCCAUGAGCUCCAAGCGUGCAUGCAGGUUUUGUCGGGAGGAUUCAACGUUCCGGAGAGCGUCUUGCAGGUGAGACAUGUUGCCGCGCAGAUCCAAGAUGUCCUCUUCGGAGGCGUGGACCCUGUCUGUUACCGCUUUGACUUCCUUCUUGAGCACAGCUGUAUCAGCAGCUAGCAUUUGCUUAAAGGACCACUAUACUGCCAGAAAAACAUACUAGUUUUCAUGGCACUAUAGUGCCCUGAGGGUGCCCCCACCCUCAGGGACCCCCUCCCGCCCGGCUCUGGAAGGGGGAAAGGGGUAAUAACUUACCUUUUUCCAGCGCUGGGCGGAGAGCUCUCCUCCUCCUCUCCGCCUCCGUUACGCCCCGCGCAAAUGCUUUCCUAUGGGCGCUUGCGUGCUCUCACUGUGAAAAUCACGGUGAGAAGAACGCAAGCGCCUCUAGUGGCUGUCAAUGAGACAGCCACUAGAGGAUUAGGGGGAAGGCUUAACCCAUUCAUAAUUAUAGCAGUUUCUCUGAAACAGCAGGGUUCCAAUGUCUCUUGUUUCCGUCACUGUGCUUGCAGGCGUUCUUUGAGAACGACGCCCCAUGGUGAGUGUAUCGCCCUGUACGUUAGGUUAGUUGUGCUGCGGAGGUCUGUUGCUGGGGAUCUCCUUAGGCGUGCUUCGUAGCGUAGGCGGUUUCGUAGCGGAUAUAAAUGGCAUCCGUCCGGGCUGGGAGGCCCCCCAGGGAUAUUAGCAGCGUGUCUCUUUCUUUGAUGGUUGGCAAUUUAAGGGAUAAUUGCCCAAAAGUGCAGUUUUAUUGAGGAGUCCUAGAAGGUGCGUCUGCUCUUCGCAUUUUCAUUUUUUAUUCUCUCCUCCCCUGUCCCCCCUCCCCCCUCAAAAUCUUAGAAACCGAAUGUGACGGCAGAAUAGAACCAUUCAGCCUAUCUAGUCUGCCCAAUAUUUCUAAAUACUUUUAAUUAGUCCCUGGCCUUAUCUUAAGUCUAGGAUAGCCUUAUGCCUAUCCCACGUGUGCUUAACCCCUUAAGGACACAUGACAUGUGUGACAUGUCAUGAGUCCCUUUUAUUCCAGACGUUUGGUCCUUAAGGGGUAAAACUCACUCACUGUGUUAACCUCUACCACGUCAGGUGGAAGGCUAUUCCAUGCAUCCAUUACCCUCUCAGUAAAGUAAUACUUCCUGAUGUUUUUAAACGUUUGCCCCUAUAAUUUAAGACUAUGUCCUCUUGUUGUGGUAGUUUUUCUUCUUUUAAAUAUAGUCUCCUCCUUUACUGUGUUGAUUUCCUUUAUGUAUUUAAAUGUUUCUAUCAUAUCCCCCGUCUCGUCUUUCCUCCAAGACGAGACGGGUAAGUUUUAUCCUGCAAUCCAUGUUAAGUAGCCCUUCUCUGAACUCUUGCUAGAGUAUCAAUAUCCUUCUGAAGAUAUGGUCUCCAGUACUGCGAACAAUACUCCAACCAUCCAGGGUUUGUCACUAUUACCCAAUUUAAUGGUACACAUUUUAUCUACCUCAGAAGGAUGAAGAGCUGAGUCAAACAUGCUGGGAUCUGAACCCGCGAACCAAGGGUUGAACAGAUUCUACCCAGUUUUUUUUUUUCUUCCCAAGCACUACCAAGCCUCAAUAAGCAAACCAGUAACCAACCUCAUGCUGAUGAUUUGCAUUAAAGGACCACUCUAGGCACCCAGACCACUUCAGCUUAAUGAAGUGGUCUGGGUGCCAGGUCCUUCUAGGGUUAACCCAUUUUUUCAUAAUUAUAGCAGUUUCAGAGAAACUGCUAUAAUUAUGAAUGGGUUAAGCCUUCCCCUAAUCCUCUAGUGGCUGUCUCAUUGACAGCCACUAGAGGCGCUUGCGUGCUUCUCACUGUGAUUUUCACAGGUAGAGCUGCGCCCCAUAGGAAAGCAUUGUAAAUGCUUUCCUAUGACCGGCUGAAUGCGCCCGCUCCUUUGCCGCGAUUCAGUCGGGCGGGCGAAUGGAGGAGGAGAGAAGGAGGAGAGCUCUCCGCCCAGCGCUGGAAAAAGGUAAGUUUUUACCCCUUUCCCCUUCCAGAGCCGGGCGGGAGGGGGUCCCUGAGGGUGGGGGCACCCUCAGGGCACUAUAGUGCCAGGAAAACGAGUAUGUUUUCCUGGCACUAUAGUGGUCCUUUAACAAUGAAACAGCAGUCCAUGAGUGGUUCACUAGCUUUUUAAUCUUUUCCUAAGUUGUUUCAAAGCUGUUGUAUACAACAAACACAGACUCAAAGGAAUCCGUGUUUGAAAUGGAAUGAGGCAAAAAUGUGAUUUUGUUAAACUAAUUUGCAUAUGUGCACCCAUACUCCUUUGCGGUAGUAACAUCACUGCAAAUUUGUGAUUUCUGUGGGAAAAGCAAGUCUUAUGGCUUGACUGGUGUGCAGAUUUUUGUUUAACAUUUUAUUAACUGUCCACAGACUUUAGGUGGAAGGGGUUUUCAAUCCCAAUUUUUUUCUCCCAUCAUAACCGAAUUUUUUUUAAAAUAUAUUUUAUAAUAUAAUAUAGCGGGAGAGCACGAGCGCCUGAUGAAUACCUGGGAGAACCAACACAGGUUUCAUUCAUUAUUAGUUUGCCAAUAAGGUGGACAAACUACAACAGUGCUGGAUAUAUACCAGCAUUAAAUGUGAGCUAAAAAGAUUUAAAUACAUGUUAUUGUUGAUUUAGUAUAGAUAUGCACAUUUGAUUAAUCCCUUAAGGAUGUUUGGAUAUUCAAUGCCACCCUAAAAAUAGUGGCCUUUAAUACUGUUACUAUGGCAUGAACCCUCCUUUUAUGUUGGUGUUUGCAGGGUUAAAACCCUGCUCAGACAGGGGAGACCCAUGUAGCCAGGGCUCCCUUUUGACAGUUGGGUCACAUUUAGUGGCACCAGACUGACAGACAAGCAAAGUGAGCACUGAAUACAACCAUUUCAAUGCAUUUAAAUCCCCGGGGCUAAGUGAUCUCUGUCAGUCGUAGUGGUUAUUAGCUUUCCCCCAGUCUCCGGGAGACCCCUAGUGUCUGAAAGGUCACUCACAUGCUGCAAGCACACUGUGUGAGCUGGGAAAUCCCACUGCUGACAUUAGCAGAGCAAAUCCCUCUUAAUUUGGUGUAGGGUGAAGGGAGUAUUAGAGUAAGGUUAAAGUUAGCACAGGUGUACAGUUAGAGCUAGUGUAAAAUAUAAUUUUUCAGGUAGGGUUGGUAUAGGGUUAAUGUUGACUACCAAAAAUGAAUUUAGAUCCUAGACAUAUGAAGCAUUUAAUAAUUAGGGUCGAUGCAUGAAUCUACUUUGAGUUUUUAUACUUGAGUUGCACUUUGUGAUAAGAUUAUUAGAAGCAAACCUGUGAAUGACUUUUUGUUCUUUGCUCCUCCUCCCCCAUUUUUAACAUUUUAUUUAAACCUAAUGUUGUGUUAAAGGACCACUAUAGGCACCCAGACUACUUCAGCUCAAAGAAGUGGUCUGGGUGCCAGGUACAUCUAGGGUUAACCCUCCAGCUGUAAACAUAGCAGUUUCAGAGAAACUGCUAUGUUUACAUUAGGGUUAAUCCAGCCUCUAGUGGCUGUCUCUCUGACAGCCACUAGAGGCGCUUCCCACUGUGUUUUUCACAGUGAGAAGACGCUGCCGUCCAUAAGAAAGCAUUGAGAAAUGCUUUCCUAUGGACUGAUUAUGCGCGCGGCUCUUGCCCCGCAGGCGCAUUCGGAGGAUGACAUCGGAAGAGGGAGGAGAGUCUCCAGCGAUGAGGGAGCCCGGCGCUGGAGAAAGGUAAGAAUUUAAAGGGACACUACAGUCACCUGAACAACUUUAGCUUAAUCAAUCAGUUUUGGUGUAUAGAACAUGCCCCUGCAACCUCACUGCUCAAUCCUCUGCCAUUUAGGAGUUAAAUCCCUUUGUUUAUGAACCCUAGUCACACCUCCUGCAUGUGACUUGCACAGCCUUCCAUAAACACUUCCUGUAAAGAGAGCCCUAUUUAGGUUUUCUUUAUUGCAAGUUCUGUUUAAUUAAGAUUUUCUUAUCCCCUGCUAUGUUAAUAGCUUGCUAGACCCUGCAAGAGCCUCCUGUAUGUGAUUAAAGUACAAUUUAGAGAUUGAGAUACAAUUGUUUAAGGUAAAUUACAUCUGUUUGAAAGUGAAACCAGUUUUUUUUUUUUCAUGCAGGCUCUGUCAGUCAUAGCCAGGGGAGGUGUGGCAAGGGCUGCAUAAACAGAAACAAAGUGAUUUAACUCCUAAAUGACAGUGAAUUGAGCAGUGAAAUUGCAGGGGAAUGAUCUAUACACCAAAACUGCUUUAUUUAGCUAAAGUAAUUUAGGUGACUAUAGUGUUCCUUUAACCCCUUCCUCCCCCUUCAGCCCAGCAGGAGUGGGAACCUGAGGGUGGGGGACACACAAAGACCCUAUAGUGCCAGGAAAACUAGUUUGUUUUCCUGGCACUAUAGUGGCCCUUUAAGUAUAAAUAGGAUAUUAAAAGAAAGCUAAUUCUGUCUUUAAAAAAAUACAAUAUAUAAACUCUUAAAAUAUAGUGGAACAAACACAUAUAACAAGUUCUAGGUUUUGUUUUGGUUCAGAUGAUGGAAAUUUGCCUCCUUGCUUAAAGGGUUAAAUGGUUAGGACUUCUUGUUUGUUUUUUUGCUAUUGCAUGGUGGAUAAUGUAGUUCUCAAAGUUCUGGCUAUGCAUAGCAAUAAAUAUUCCACAAUAUUUUGUCACCUAAGGACAUGGCAGUUUUACAGUUACGUUUCCCAUUUUGGAUCGAAUGCGUCUACCAUAUUAGGACAUGCACAUAUAAACCUACACCACCAGCCUGACUUGCAUUGACAAAUUGUGCAAAUUCUUGCUCUCUAAUUCAUUCGUAUUAUUCUUCCAAAAUUAUCAGACCUCACAAAUAAAAUACCAUUUACACUCUGCUUGAACACAGGUGAGUCACUAAAACAAAUCAACAAAAUGAUGUCACCUGUUUGUUUUACUUGUAAACCUGCAUUAAUAUGCUUGCGCAUGUUUGUAUAUCUUGAAUAAGCUAACUUACCUCUUUUACAUUCCAGUAGUUAUGGUACAGUCAGUUAUGUUGAAAUAUGUUUAUAUCUUUAAAACAUAAAUACAGCCUCAAAGUGACGGGCAACCUCUGAGCCAGUUUGGGGAGGGAGGUAAUUGGGGUGGACAGUAGAUGGAGGGCAUAUAAAAACUACAAAUGAGGGCUAAGAUAAAUUAGGAGGGAUACAUUAAAGCGUCCUGUAAGGGUAAAAAACUCACGUGUGCCGUAAGCGUGCACUGCACACGGACGAAAGAUGUAAUUUGUGCACAGAAUUGACAGGCUGCCUAAGUCACAUGUACUAGGGGUGCAGCUAGCCCCUGGCAGAAAAGUGCAUAUUUCAAGCAAAAACGCUGCACAUAAAGAUUCCAACCACUAUGACCAAUUAAAGGGUUACUCCAACCACCAUGACCACUUUUGCUUUUAGAAGUGAAGUUAGUUACAUUGAUACCAGACUUUUCAUUGCUAAAUCACCAAUUCUGAAAGGCAAACAGCCGCUUAGGUGUUUGCAGGUACAACAUGAACUGCCCACUAGCUCACCAAAGCAUAUUCUAAACAAUUUUAGAUUUAUAUGAUUAUUCCCUGUACACAUUGCUGUGGAAUAAAUAAAAUACAAGCUUUUAAGAUGUAAAAUCUGUCUCUAAUGUGUAAGUUGCUAUGACCUUUAACCCUUAGGCAUGCUGGAAAUAAGUUUUUCCUGUGUAUGCCUUUUUUGUUUUUGUCCAUCUUUUACCAAAGCAACUUUCCAUUAUGCAUAAAUGUAACAAUGUGUAAAAUGUACACGUUUCAAGAUUUUUUUAUUUUUGGGGGUGCCAGGCCUGUGCUCAACAUCUGUCCAAAUUGGGUUAGGAAGUCUUUGGAACUCCAGAUGUAUACUACAUCUCCUGUAAUUCUCUUACAGCAGUUUACAACAUCUGGAGUGCCUAACAUCUUAAAUGCCAUAAUUAUAUAUUCUUAACUAUAGCUUGUAAUUUGUGAGCUAAUUUAUCAAAAGUAGCCAUGCUGUAAGAAUAAUAUUCUGUAAAGUAUAUAUGUUUUUAAUCCAUACUGUGGUAUUUUUUUGGAAUACUUAGGUGUGAAAAGUGGAAGGGUGCGCAUUUAACAUUUCUUAAUAAUAUAAUCUCAUUUUUUUUUAGAGAGUGUCAAUUUGUUAUAAAUUGAAAAAUUAAGAGACAUAUUGUUUUAGACAUAGUAGCAAAUUGAACAAUAUUGAUUAAGAAACACUUUAGGCACUGUAACCACUUUAAUGGAUUGAAGUGGUGAUGUUGUAUGGAAUCCAUAGUUCCUGGCAUUACUAAUAAACUGUUUCCUCAAAGUCUACUAGAGAUUCUUAGUCCCUGGCACGCAAUGACCAUAUGACAGAGGCAGAUCUAUACUCGUACCAUACUGGGGAAUUGGCUGAGAGUCAGCUAAUCCCUACCCCUAGCCCUUCUAUGAAUUCAUAUUGCACAAGGAGGAAUUCCAGUUCUGCCUCCUCCAUAUUGUUAUUAGAGGCCAAUUUUCCCAAAACAUUGAUUUUCCUUAAUAUUUAUCUGAAAUGUUUGUAGUAGGCAUAAUUUGCCAUUUACUCCUACUGCACUUCAGAUGUUUCCAAUAGUUAUGUACUCCUCACACCUGCCCAUAGGAUCUACUAACAGGCCACACAAUAUGAGGUUAUCCUUACUGAUGAACAAUUGUUUCAAUGAAAAUGAGAGUAAAAAUUUAAAAACUACUGUAUAAAAGUUCUAGAUAUGAUAUUUUGUAAAUACCAUUACUGGGAAAUGUUACCAUAUAAUUUUUUCUAUAUACUAACAAAUGUUUUGUCUAAACCAUCAAUUUUCUGACAGCAUGCUCUUAAUGAUAAAUCACCACUCCUUAAAAUAAGACAAGCUAAGCUAAAUUUCUAUAAAUGCACCCCCCCUUAAAGAUACUGAUUCAGAUAUUAAACUAAUUCAAUUCUGUGUUAGCAGAUCAGUAUUGGCAUAGGUGCUAUUGAAACAGCAGCUCCAGGCUAUGCUUUGUAAUAGGUCCCGUGCAGACUUAUUUCUUGGUUUUUUACAUUUAUCAAAUGAACACUAUAGCCUCCAAAACAACUUUAGCUUAAUGAAGCAAUUUUGGUGCAUAGAUCAUGGUCUUGCAGUGUCACGACUCAAUUCUAUGUCAUUUAGGAGAUAAAACACUUUAAUACAACCUUAGUUGAGCCUCCAUGCAUGUGGCUUACACUUCCUGUAAAGUGAGAUCUAAUGUUUACACUUACUUUAUUGCAAAUUCUGUAUAAUUUAGAAUCUUAUCUCUUGUACUGUUACUAUCUUGCUACACUGUGCAGGAGCCUCCUAUGUGUGAUUAAAGUUAAAUUUACAGAGCAUGGGGAUAAAAACUUCUAAAGCAAGUUAGCGUCUGUAUGUUUUGUUUUCAUGCAGGCUGUCACAGGCAGAGCGGUGUGCCUAUGGUUUCAUAAACAAAGUGAUUUAACUACUAAAUGGUAGAGAAUUGAGCAAUGACACUUCAGGGGCAUGAUCUAUACACCAAACCUAAAUAUAUAUUAGGUGACUAUAGUGUCGUUUUAGGAAAUAGUGUGCAAGUUUUUGAACAGUAUUUUUUAUUUUUGCUACAUCGUGCUCAGUCUGUAUGUAGUGUCUGGUGGCAAUUGUGUAAUCUCCGAACAAAAUGGGCAUCAUCACAACCUCAAAGGGCACAUCUGGCAGCUCUUUGGAUGAGGGAUAGGAUUGCUGUGUGCCACAGAAAGUACUGUAACAAUUGAAAUGUAAAUGGAGCUACUCUCACUAGGCCCCGUGUUUUAGCCCUGAAUCCAGCUCCAGCCAGCAAUAUAGGUGUCACAGGCGGCCAUGCAGGUAACAGGCAGCGUGCUUCCCAGCCCAUGCUACACAGGACACGGCUUUGACAAGUGCACGCUGUUCCUGACAUUUCCUGGAAAGGGGGCGGGGCCAGAGCUGGCGGACGCUGCGUGCGUGCUGCCCAGAGGGAUCGUGACGCAGGACGCAUGCAGAGUGGCGUCACAAAGCGUGCGGCGACGGAUUUCCCGUCGUGCCUCGGGGCUCCCGGUCGCUCGACUCCAGCAGGAGAGACGCGCCUGGGAGUCUCCGGUGUCCUCCUGCCCCCGGUACUCGGGCCACCGCGUCCCUCCCCACCCGGGAACAUGCCGCGCCGCCCUCCGCAGUGAUUCCUGGACGAGAGGCAAUGACAGCGGCUCCGGUAACCCCGCGGGAGAUCAGGGAGAGGCUGCUACAGGCCAUCGAUCCGCAAAGCAACGUGAGUCACCGGGGACUGGGGGGAGGGAGGCCGGCUAGCGGGCCCAGCCCGGCACCGAGAGGGAGUGAGGGCUGCGGGCGGCGUGCUGCUGUGCCGGCUACCCCGGGCUCGGUAUGCCGGGAGGGCCUGGCUGGGGCGGGCACAGGGUAAUGUCGGAUCCUCGGUAACCGCCAUGGACUGAAACCGGCGGCUCACACUGGGUGUCCGGGGACCCGGGAGGGGGGCUCUCUGAGUGUGAGCUGCCGGACAGGAAGAGGAACAGGUGUGAGUGAGAGAGCCGGGGUCUGUCCUGGGACCAGGCCGGGGAUCUAGGGGCCUCUGGGACGGGAGGGGAGGCAGAGCCGGGGUCUGUCCGACCAGGCUGGGGCAAGGUAGGGGGGCUCCUCUGGGACCAGGCCGGGGCAAGCAAGGGGGCUCUCUGGGACCAGGCUGGCGCAAGGUGGGGGCCUCCCUCUGGGACCAGGCCAGGGGGCAAAGGUAGGGCCUCUGGGACCAGGCCGGGGCAAGGUAGGGGGGCUCUGGGACCAGGCUGGGGCAAGGUAGGGCUCUGGGACCAGGCCGGGGAUCUAGGGGGCUCUCUGGGACCAGGCUGGGGAUCUAGGGGGCUCUCUGGGACCAGGCCGGGGCAAGGUAGGGGCUCCUCUGGGACCAGGCCGGGGGCAAGGUGGGGCCUCUGGGACCAGGCUGGGGGUGGGGGCGUAGGGGGCCCCUCUGGGACCGGGGUGGGGGCAAGGUAGGGGCUCUGGGACCGGGGGCAAGGUAGGGGCUCUGGGACCGGGGUGGGGGGCAAGGUAGGGCCUCUGGGACCAAAGCGCGCAGGGGCUCUGGGACCAGCCGGGCAAGGGGGCCUCUGGGACUGGGGCAAGGUAGGGCUCUGGGACCAGGGGCAAGGCAGGGGGCUCCUCUGGGACCGGGUACAGGGCCUCUGGGACCCCAGGCCGGGGACUUAGGGGCCUCUGGGACCAGGCCGGGGACCCAGGGGCUCUCUGGGACCCAGCGCGUAGGGGCCUCUGGGACCAGGCUGGGGCGGGGGGAAGGUAGGGGCCUCUGGGAGAGUUGUCCGGGGAGGUUGCUGGCUCUGGGAGGCGGGGGGCAAGGUAGUGUGCUGCUCUGUUGGUAUGAAGACCUGGUAUCCAGUACUAGCAGCUCUCCCUGGGCCCGAGCUACAGCCGCAAACUGCCUAAAAGUGGUGCGCUCACAGCCCACCCCGUCCAGCUGCCCCUCCCCCACCGCUGCUGGGGCCGGCUGUGUAAGCGAGGCCGGGGAUCAGGCCUUCCUGCAAGCUGGACGUGGCUGAUUGUCCCUGGAGGCGAGCAGCUAGUCUGAUUUAAAAAUAAAAUAAAAUAAAAUUUAAUCUGUGGUUCUUGGGAGCCGGAGAUGUGACCUGUGUGGAGGGCACAGAGCAAUGGUGUUUGUACCAGCUGUAUGCCUAUUUUACACUUUGUGCCUCUUCCUGUAGAGAUGGCUGACUGGAGAUACAGGUUGAAUGGUAGAAGAAAUACUAACUCAUGAAACAUGAGGCCCCCACUCACCCGUGUAUAAUAGUUCUAAAGUUACCCAUUGUGCAUUUCAAACUGACUUUGUCAUAUACACCCCACGCUGACCGUGUUCACUUGUGUGUUUUGUGUACGCGGAGACAGUGUUCUCUGUGCCAUUUGGCAACAAGAAAUCAACUUUUUGCCACCUUUUUAGUGCUGAUAAAUACUUUAAUAGAUGUUUCCUGUAUUACUCUGUAGAUAUCCAACUUGUACAUUCAGAAAGGGUUUGGACCACUUUUAUGAUGACGUCUUCCGUGCAUUUUAUAGGGGCAAGACACCUGUGCGUAUGUACAUAUACAAUUGGUAUUCAUCCAUGGUUUGCAUGCAGACAUAUUAUGAUUAAACCUUCAAUUCCAUCAGCUUGGCAACUGUUUGAUCAAGAUACAUAAACAUUCACUCUUUCAUAAAGGAGAAAUACUGUCUUUUAAAUGGUUUGUCUUGGUUUUCAACUAAGGACAUCUUGUCUAGCACAUUCUGGUAAAAAUUUAAAUGUCUUGGUUGUAAACAUAAAAUCUAAAGGUAUACUGUACAUAACCAUUUGAUAUGUUAUAUUUCACUUGUUUGCUGAACCAAGCAUUUAAACAAAAAAAAGUGAUUUGCAAAUUUUCAGAAGAGUACAAAAGUUGGAAACCUAUAGUUAGGUAACAGUUUCAUAUAAGCACUGGUUGUUGGGGAAGGAUUAAUCUUUCCAUGUCAGCCAUUUCAGGCUAAUUUUGUUUAGAUAUUUACAGGUUAGCAGAUAACCCCAGUUUAAUGUUGACAUAGCUGUACACUAUAUUGGUCUGUGGUUGCCAUUGUAGCUCCCCAGCUGUAAAUGUGCAAAAACUGUCUAUGUGCAUGAACAAGCCAAUGGAAUGGGUAUCAUUAGUGUAGUUUGACUGUUGGUUAGUGACAGGAUUUCUUCUAUCAAAGGUUUUCAAAAAUAAACCUUUUCUACACUUUUGUAUGCUAUCCCUGCAUAUUUGUUUAAAGGGACAAUGACUACAAUUGUAUAAACUGAAUCAAGUUACUUAACUCCUGUCCUAAUAUGUUUUAUACCCCACCUCCUAUAGACUGUAAGCUCGUUUGAGCAGGGCCAUCUUCAACCUAUUGUUUCUGAAAGUUUUCUUGUCCUUGUCCUAUUUAUAGUUAAAUUCCCCCCUUUAAUAAUAUUGUAAAGCUCUUAGGAAUCUGUUGGCGCUAUAUAAAUGGCGAUAACUCCUAAAUGCCAGAGAAUUUAGCAGUGAAACUGCAGGGGCAUGAUCUAUACACCCAGAACCGCUUCAUUAAGCUAAAGUUGUUUUGGUGCUUAUAGUUUUUUUUUGUUUUGUUUUUUUUUCUAUCUGAUUCUGUUUCCUGACAUAAAUUCAUGCUGAGGAAUUUUAAGAUACAGGGAUACCAGAAGAAAGGCGGUUUCUCUGCUUUCCAUCUAUAGCAGAGGGACUAGGGCAAUAGGACAAUAGAGGGACUAGGGCAGAGUGAUGUCACUCUGUUCAGAUGCUAGCACACUGGGAACAAAGUCAGCAUCAUGGAGAAGUAUUGCCCUGCUUUGGGAAGUGUCCCAAAAUAGAGCAUGUCAACAAUGAGCACAAGGGGAGUGUGAGUGUACCUUAGGUGAGUGAUACAGAAGUGUAACACCCACCUCUUUAAUAAGCUUGUACGGGGACAGCUAAAUGGUGACCAUUUCACAUUUAAACCUUGUUACAUGCCCUGGCUGUCAGUCAGUUAACAUGUCUUGUUACUUCCUGGUUGAUUAGCUUUGUUGAGCUAACCCAAGAUGUAGCCAUUGCACCUGCCGUGCAAUGACUUCUUAUUGAGCUGUAUUAGGAAGUCUGUAAUUGAACAGCCACAGAUAAUCCGGCCUCGGGAAGAAGGUAAGAACUUGCAAAGGCUUCAGACACAAGGUCGUUUUUUUAGACAUACCUUAAAUAAAAAAUGUGUGUGUGUGUGUGUGUGUUUCACUCUAUGCACCCAGACCACUUUAGCUCAUUGAAAUGGUAUGGGUGCAUAUUCCUUGGUUUCUUAAACCUGCAAAUGUAACUAUUGCCUUAUUUAUUUAUUUUUUUAAAUAAACUGCAAUAAUUACCUUUUUGUGGGUAAAAGGGAUACAAUAAGUGCCAAAGCUGUAUUCCUGGAUCUAUAGCUCCCUCUGCCACCCCCCUCCUUUCUGGCCCUUUUACCGGCGAAUAAAGGGUUAAGAACCCUUGUUUUACUUACCUUCGUCCGAGCAUACACAUUAGGUCUCGUCUCAAAUGUCAAGGGAGUAGCGUAUGCCGAGGCUUGAUAUAGGGGUGCACUAUAGGGAGCUAUAGUUAGUUGUUUUCAUUGCACUAUAGUUUCCCUUUAAAUUUGAAACUCCCUUUUAUUUCUUCUUUUAGUAAAACUAAAGAUGUACUUGUAGAUGUACUCGAUAAACUUUUCUUAUGUUUUUUUUUUUUCUUGUGUCUUGCAAUCUGAGACCAGGUCAAUUGUUCCGAAACAUGAUUUUUAUCUUAAGCUGCAAUGCCCUUCCUGUACUCAGAGCGGGCAUCAACAGAAUGAUGUAGAUUAAAACAUGCAGCAUCAUAUAUACUGCUUUAUUUGCCCAAGUCUGCACAAACAAAAUUUAAGCAGCUCCAUUGGAUAAUAUAUUGUGUAAUUUGAAUUGGUAUAGUGUGUUUACAUGGUUUUGAUUCUUUUUGUUUUGUUGGUGAGUGCAGAAGAUUCAGAUUGGAGGGAGAAGACGUUGUAUAGAAAGUCCUAUACAUUUAUAUUUUGACCUGAUGGUGUCAUUAUGAGCUCGUUGCUUUAACAACUUAAAGGACCACUAUAGUGCCCUGAGGGUGCCCCCACCCUCAGGGACACCCUCCCAUCCGGCUCUGGGGAGAGGAAAGGGUUAAAACUGGACGGGGAGCUCUCCUCCUCCUCUACGCCUCCUCUCCUCCCCUUCGGCUGAAUGCGCACGCGCGACAGGAGCUGCGCGCACAUUCAGCUGGUCUCAUAGGAAAGCAUUUACAAUGCUUUCCUAUGGACGCUUGUGUCUUCUCACUGUGACUUUCACAGUGAGAAUCACGCAAGCGCCUCUAGCGGCUGUCAAUGAGACAGCCACUAGAGGAUUUGGAGGCUGGAUUAACCCAUUUAAAAACAUAGCAGUUUCUCUGAAACUGAUAAUAUAUAUAUAUAUAUAUAUAUAUAUAUAUAUAUAUAUAUAUAUAUAUAUAUAUAUAUAUAUAUAUAUAUAUAUAUAUAUAUAUAUAUAUAUUUUAUUCCUAGAGGGACCUGGCACCCAGACCACUUCAUUAAGCUGAAGUGGUCCUUUACGACGUCAUAAUUAAAUCUAAUGUAGUGUAGGAAAUAAAAGUAAGGAUGUUGCAGCCAGUUCCACUGGUAACAAAGAUCUUACAAGAGUAAUAAAAAAAUAAAUGUGAUUUGUCUGGAAUUUUAAAUCCAUUUCAAGUUUUAGGGGACAAAAUAACCGAUCUGAGAACAUUGCUGAAUUGGAAGAUUUUGUCAGUUUGACUUAAGUUGGUUUAAAAUUUUGAACUUAACUGCAUUAACUCAGGAAAAAAAACUCCCUGUAUCCAACACAUGUAUAGAAACUGAAAAAAAAAAAAACUACUGACUCCACAUCCCUCCUUUAAACUUCUCUACUAGCAUAACUGAGAGGCAGUUUCCAACAACAGAUCCCUCCCUCACCUGACGAAGGCUCCAGCAAUCAGGAGCCUUUCUUUCUGGCUGUAGGAUUAGUGGAACAACUCAAUAAAGAACAGCCAUACAGUUGCUGCUAACCGCAUGUACACAGUCUGGUUCACAGUUUUGUAGAAAUGUCUGUUUGCAGCAGUCAACAAAGCUACAGAUUACUGUGUAUCAGUUCUAUCCGCGGAGGAGAUAUACUUUCCGUUUGAGCGUGUGGUAUUCAGAUGCCACAUGCAUAUUUUGCAUGCAUACUGUGUGUGUCUGACUCUCUGGUUGUGUAUGUUCUUAGAGGUUUAUAGAAUACAUGUGAAAACCAUUUAAUCUUGUUUUAGUGCCUCUAAAUUGUUAGCAUGCCAACACACAUUUCAUUUCUGUAUUCAAUUCAUAGCAUUUACUCUGUGAAGGUAAAAACUACAAGCGUAGCUUCUGUAGUGGCUUUGCAUAAAUCCUCUUCAUCCAAUAACGUUUACCAUGCUGUUCUGGGGUCUUUACUACAGUUAAGUGCUAAGAAUCAAAGAAGGUUAAACCAAACGUUUGGCUGCUACUUCCAUGUGCUGCCACUUUGGGGGACAAAUAGAAGUAAUUAACAUUUAGAUCUCGUUAUCCUUUUACGAGUGAAAGACUCAGUUGAGUCUUAUUAAAGAGAAAUUACAUUAAUAUGGCUGAAACUCUUGUAGUUUAUUAAAGAGUUACAUACACUGUAGCAGGCAUAGGCAACCUUCGGCACUCCAGAUGUUUUGGACUACACCUCCCAUGAUGCUUUACCAGCAUUAUGGGAGAUAUAGUCCAAAACACCUGGAGUGCCGAAGGUUGAAUAUGCCUGCUAUAGUGUCUGUAACUAUUUAAUAAUGUACAAAAGUUUCGGCCAUAUUAAUGUAAUUUCUUUCAUGAGACUCAACUGGGAGGAGGGGGAUGACUGUUGAUCCAGUAUUUGACCCUUUCAUUUGGGGAGGUCAUUCCUAAGGUCAUUGACCAUUGCCAAAUGUACAGGCUGAAAGCAAUGGUCCGCAAUGCCCUUUUAUUUAAAAAAAAUGUGGGACUUCUAGAUUUUGUGUACAUCGGUCAGAAUACAAGUCUAUAUCAUGGCAACCCUGUUCUAAUCCUCACAGCGGGUGGUAUCCCCCCAUUUCCCCUCUUUUUUUUUUUUCUUUCUCCUUUUUCUGUAUUGUUCAUGAAAAUGUGACAUUUGAGUCAAGUGUUUUCUGUACAUUGCCAUUUAUCAUGUAUUGUCAUUUGUUUGCUUUGUUUCUUAAGUAUAAAAAAAAAAGACUUCCACAGAUCGAGGAUUCAGAAAAAGAGGUUCCUUGGCAAGACAAUCUGUACCACCUGCAGAUGGUGGAUGUGGCUCAAAAUCCUACCAGUGGUUUGAAAAGGCAGGACUGAAAGACAGCACUGAGGCACUAAUCCUAGCAGCAAAGGAACAGGCACUCAGCACCAGAUCAACAGAAGCUGGAGUCUACCACACCAGGCAAGACCCAAGGUGCAGACUGUGCAGAGAGGCCUCUGAGACAGUCCAGCACCUAGUAGCCGGAUGCAAGAUGUUGGCAGGAACAGCAUACACGGAGAGAUACAACCAAGUUGCUAGGUUUGUGUACCGAAACAUAUAAACAGAAUAUGGAUUGGACAUCCUCAAGUCCAGAUGAGAGAUCCCACCAAGGGUAGUUGAGAAUAAGUCUAAGAUCCUGAGAGACUUCAAGAUCCAGACAGGCAAGCAAGUGCUGGCCAACCAACCAGACAUAGUGGUGGUAGACAAGGAACGAAAGACUGCAGUCGUGGUGGAUGUGGCAAUACCCAGUGACUAUACCAAGGACUAAAAGAACUAGAAAGGAUGUGGAAAGUAAAGGCAGUAGUAGUCCUAGUUGUGAUAGGAGCACUCGGGGCUGUGAGUCCCAAGUUGUGUCUCCCAAAAUGAAGGCAUUGCCCCCUUCAUCAUUUGUGUAAUACAAUGCCCCCCCUUAGAGGAGCAAUGGGGACCUGAUGUGCAUUCAGUAGUUCUCAUAGGAAAGCAUUGAAUCUAAUCCUCAUCACGUGAUAGGGUUUUGUUUUUACUCGCUUAGUGCAGCAGAAGUUACUCUAGUGGCUGUAACUUUGCAAUGUGAACAUUGCAGGGUUACAAUGACAGGACCACUGCACCCAGACUACAUCCUUUUGAUGUAGUGAUCUGUGUCUUUAGUGGUACUUGGAAUCCAGCACUGGGUAAAGUUAUCCUCAAACACCCCACUUUCGGAACACCCGUCACCAUUUCCCUCGUCGCAGUCCAAUCAAAUGCUUCUCAUAGGCGAGCAUUAAAGGACUUUUUUGUUUUUCAUAAAGAGGGGUGAAAUGAGGGAGGGAAGGAGGAGGAAUCAAGGAACAAUGGUCAGAAAGAAGGCACAAAAGCAGCGCACAUAUAGUCCAAACCACUUCAACUAGCAGGCUUGCAAACAGCACUUCGUGCAAGUGAAGAAUCCCUUUCCACCUGCCGCCAGCGCACCAUGUGAUGACAGAUAUCAUUUUUUCACACGUUUUAACAUUAGGAAGACUGGAACAGUUAUGAGUUGCCUAAGUAACGUGCGCCGGUGGUACAACUAGAUAGUCACAAAAAGGUGGAGAUAUUUCUAUAUAGACAAUGAUUUUAAUAGAAAAUUGCUGUACAUACAGGUUGAUUUCUCCAUGAACACUUAUAAAAGCAGAAGUGACCAUGGAGGCUAGGGGGAGGACUUGUGCGGCCCGUAAUAGGAACCCACGUUUUGGUCACCUGUCGCCAGCAAUGAAGUGGUCCUGUCAUUUUUACACUUUGAUGUAAAACAUUGCGCUUUUUGUGUGUGUGUGUGUGUGUGUGUGUGUGUCGCAAUGCUUACAUGGAAAGGUUAACCCCUUAAAACCGGAGGACGUACAAUUACGCCCUCUAAUAGGCGGCUCUAAACGCCGCCGGGCGUAAUUGUACGCCCUCCGGUUUUUGUUAACUUACCCGGUCGCCGGCGGUCCCACGCCGGCGAUCGCGGUUGGGGGGACUCCCAGGGAGCCCCCCGCGGCACGUCCGUCCCCGUCGAAGCCCCCCGGCCAUGUGAGAGUGGGGUCCUAGCGAGGACCCCACAAUCACAUGGUCGGGAUAGCUGGCUUCUGUAUUGCCGGCAGGGGGGCUGCCUGUAAUGACAGGUGGUCCCCCUGCUGGCUGAAAAUAAAAUAAAAAUAAGUUAAUGGUGUAAAAAAAAAAUAAUUAUAUAUACUUAGAUCAUAUAUAUAUAUUAUAUAUAUAUGAUCUAAGUAUAUAUAUAUACACAUAUACAUACACACACAUACACCGUCUAUGUGUAUUUUACUAUUAAUAUAUAUAUAAUUAUAUAUAUAUAUUAAUAUCAAAUUACACAUAGACCGAUACUGAUUAAAUAUAUAUAUAAUUAUUGUUAUAUAUAUAUUUAUAUAUAAUAUAAAAAAAAUUAAAAUGUAAAUACGUUAAAAAAUAAAAUUUAAAAAAUAAUUAAAAAUAAAUAAUUAAAAAAUAUAUAGAUGUGUGUUAUUUCGUUCUAACUGUUUUGUGAAAUUAAUAUAUAUAUAUAUAUAUAUAUAUAUAUAUAUAUAUUAUCAAAAUACACGUAGAACGAAAUAAUAUAUAUAUCUAUAUACAUAAAUAUAUACGUAUAUAUCACUAUAUAUAUACCUAUAUAUAUAAAUAAAAAUAUUUUAAAAAAAUUAUAUAGAUAUAUACAUAUAUAUACACAUACGUAUAUAUAUACAUAUAUUAAUUCUACAUAUAUAUUUAUGUAAUAUUUUUACAUAAUUAGGUAUCUUAAUUAAUUACAAUUAGCGGGACCUGCCUGACAACCCAUGCGAAAGUAAAGGGAAUUUAAUUUGCUAGCACUAUAUUUAACCCUAUAACUUUCCAAGACACCAUAAAACCUGUACAUGGGGGUACUGUUCUACUCGGGAGACUUCGCUGAACACAAAUAUUAGUGUUUCAAAACAGUAAAAUGUAUUACAACGAUGAUAUCGCCAGUAAAAGUGAAGUUUUUGCAUUUUUCACGCACAAACAGCACUUACACGGACGAUAUUAUUGCUGCGAUACUUUUUACUGUUUUGAAACACAAAUAUUUGUGUUCAGCAAAGUCUCCCGAGUACAACAGUACCCCUCAUGUUCAGGUUUUAUGGUGUUUUCAAAAGUUACAGCAUCAAAUAUAAGGCUUGUGUUUCAUUUUUUUCACAUUAAAAUUCGCCAGAUUGGUUACGUUGCCUUUGAGACCUUAUGGUAGCCCAAGAUUGAAAAUUACCCCUAUGAUGGCAUACCAUUUGCAAUAGUAGACAACCCAAGGUAUUGCAAACGGGGUAUGUCCAGUCUUUUUUAGUAGCCACUUAGUCACAAACACUGGCCAAAAUUGGCAUUUUUUGCAUUUUCACACACAAACAAAUACUAACGCUAACUUUGGCCAGUGUUUGUGACCAAAUAGCUACUAAAAAAGACUGGACAUACCCCAUUUGCAAUACCUUGGGUUGUCUACUAUUGCAAAUGGUAUGCCAUUAUGGGUGUAAAUUUCAUUCCUGGGCUACUAUAAAGUCCCAAAGGCAACGUAACCAAUCUGGCCAAUUUCAAUUUCAAAUGUAACGUGCUAUAUUUGACCCUGUAACUUCCCAAAACGCCAUAAAACCUGUACAUAGGGGUACUGUCUUACACGUGAGACUUUACUAAAUACAAAUAUGUGUAUUUUAUUGCAGUAAAAUCAAACAGUAUUAUGACACUGACCUUUAAAAUGCAAUUUAGAACUAAAAAAAUCAAAAUAAUCGUAUUUUCUCCCAUUUUUUUCAUAUUAAAUUAUGUUUCAUAGCUAAAUAUUUGAUAUUAAAUGAAAGCCCUGUUUCCCCUGAAUAAAAUGAUAUAUAAUAAGGGUGAGUGCAUUUACUAUGAAAGAGGUGAAUUAUGGUUGGACAGACAUGUAGCGCAAAUGCCAGGUUUUGUUUACAUUUUGUUUUGUUCACAAUGUGUACAUUUGGCUCCGUCCUUAAGGGGUUAAAUACAUCUCUACUCAAUUUUCCUGAAGGCCAGUAGAGGUGUUUUCACCUCCAUAACAGCCAAGCUCUGUUAUUUAAAUGUAUGUCUCGUGGAGACCAUUUGAUUGGCGCAGCAUUGGUAUUCCUAACAUAUUUAUAUCAAAUAGAAAGGCUUUUCAAACGGACUUCAAGCACCAUGACCAAUUCAAAUCAGUCAAAUGGCCAUGGUGCUUGGAGUACCUUUUAACUUUCUGUGGCAUUACUGAGAUUAUACCUUAAAUCUCUUUCAUAGCUAAACUGCAAGGUAUGAACUGCUUUUUGUAUGUAUGUGAUCAACAAAGUGGAAAAAGGAACAGAAUCAAUUUUUUUUUUUUUUUUUUAUAAAUGUUUUGGGCACAGGGCUCAAUUCCUACUAGCCAUUGACCAGUGAUUGAUUGAUUUAUUUAUUUAUUUUUAAAUCCCAGGUGAUUGAAUUCAUAUACAUACCUAGUGAGUAUUCUAUAGACUGAUUAUCCUGGCUUGCGGUUGCACAGUAACUUUUAAGGCCUGUCUAGUAGCUUAGGACUUGAAAUAUUAAGCGCUGUUUGGACAUAUGUCUUCAGUCUUGCCAUUUGCAAAAGUAUACAUUUUAAGGAAUCUCUCAUGCUCCUAUUUAAACCUUGUCCCCUUUUCUUUAUAAACUGUGUUUCUUAGACUGUUUAUACUAGUGUUGCCUUUUGGACAUCUAAACAGCUGUUAUGAUACAGGGUACAACAGUUUUGGUCACUACAGCAGGAGCUUACAGAGUGUUUUAAAGAGUGGUUUAGAGGGUGCACACCUUAAAGAGGAUAACUCCUCUGCUGUCAGCAAAUUUCACUGGUGUACAGCUCUCCAUCUUGUGUGAUAGCAUUAAAAGAUGAUGGAUCACUCUCUGCUUCUUUAUCAUAGUCCAGUUUUCACAUUUUUCUGAGGGCUAGAUCAUGGUUCAUCACAGAGUUAAUGGCCACCCUUGAAUCAUCAGUUGAAUUCCUGAUUAGGUACAUAGAUAAGUUUGCUUGGUGCCACUAAAUUUGAAGUUUGAAGGGCGGUCAAAGUAUUGAUUAAAUACUAUUAGUCUCCAGUAUGAGUUUUGCCACAUUCCAAUUUAGAUUAGUUAGCUAAAAAUAUGGAUUGUUUAAAAAAAUAAAAAUAAUAAUGCACGCCAAGUAAGGUGUUUUGUUUUUUUUGUGGAAAAAUGGCUGUUAAGAGAAACUCAAGAUUUUUUUUUUUUUGCACUCUCCUAUAGCACAGAGCUGGUAAAAUUGCGGGUCUGUGUAUCCUGAUUUUACCCUCAGUGCAAAUCUUCAUUUUGGGUAACAUUGGCUGUAAACUAUACUGUGUGUGUGUGUAUAUGUAUACAUAAUAUAUAUUUUACACACACUGGCUGCACUCAUGGUCUUUCUUCUAUGAGGUUCUUUAUUCCAUAUAGUAAACGAGCAGAUCAAUGUUUCGGUCCUCUCUGGGACCUUUCUCAAGAUCAAAUGGCAUAUAGCUAUAGAGAUAGAUAGGAGGGGGGGUGAGAUGAGAGAUGAGAGAGAGAGUGUGUGUGUGUGUGUGUGUGUGUAUAUAUAUACAUUAAGUAACCGAUAUUAUAGCUAGGGAAAAGAGGUAUGUCAACCUUGCGUCCUAUCUGGCUAGUUUUAGAGUGAUGAAGUGACAGAAUGUAAUGGUCUAAGGAUUUGUUGAUAUCGGUUAUUUAAUGAAUGUAGUCUGUGGCCGUUACAUUACUGGUGGUGAAUUCCUUUUGGAUGUAAAAAUCUAUAAAAGUCUAGAUAAAUGGCUGUUUUAAUUACCAUAUUGGUUAUAUGUUCGAAUGGUGCUGUAUCUAACAAGUCGGAUAAUGAUAGGAAUAUUUUAUUGUGGAUGGGUAGUCUUUGAGGGGGUAGAUGUGUACAGUAUCUAUUUUUUUGGAUUCCCUUCAGUAAAGUCUUUAUCUGGUAUGAUGAAAGGAAUCCUGUUUUAUUAGGAUGUUGUAAUAACAUGUGGUGUUGGAUGCCCGUUAGAUAAAGUUUGAUCGUGUUAAAAGAUCACUUUUUAAAUUAAGGAGGCAAAAAGAAGUAAACCCCAAUAUAGUUUCCAAAGCAAACAUGUCCUGAACUUGAAAUUCCGCUGUGAACUUGGUCAAAAUGUGAAAGGCCCUAUCAUACAUUUUCAUAGAAUUAACCGAAAGCGCCAGGUGGGAAAGAUUACGUGCAAGAAUCAAUAAGACAUCUAAUCCAGGAGCAUGUCUUGGAAUGAAGGGGCAGGGGUAGCCAGCCUGGAAGCGGUGGGCAGAGUCUGGAGGAAGGCCUGAAAUCGAAACCAAGACAAGUGAUCAGCUGAUAUAUUUGCAACACCCGGAACAUGAAUGCAGGUGAUGGAAAAACUGGCAGGUGGCCGCUACCCAUGCGAGUUUCCUUAAAAAGGUCAUAAUUACCAAAGAUGAUGACUGGCCUUUAUUGACAAUAUGGCAAGUGGGUAGGUUGUCAGAAAAACAUCUGAGUGACCAGCCCACUCUGGCCCCCAGCUAGGUAGAGACUUAACUUCUCUGGGCAAUGGACCCCAGAGCCAUUUAUUCCCACAGAUGGCUGCAAAGCCCGUGUUGGCCGCAGCAUUUGUCCAGAGUGUAGGUGAAUUGUAGGAAAGAGGGGGAGUGAACGUGAACAUUGCUUGCCCAUUCCUAGAUGUGAGAAAAAUGCACCACAUAAGACUGCUGUUGCGUGAGUGUCCAAAGUGAUUCCUCUGAGGAGAGGUCCGGGAACAAAGAAAGUAGGCGGCAAAUGAAAGAUCUACCCUGGGGAAUGAUCUUCAUGGCAAACUUCAGCGACCCAAGCAGAGAUUGAAGUUCUUUCCUGUUACAAGAACCUAGCUGUAAGUACAGCUCAAUACUCGCUAGGGUGCACUCAUCUUAUCCUGAGGAAGAUUUGCCUGCACGUGAAUAGUCGAGUUGAAUCCCACAAAAUGCAUAACCGUGUUUUUUUUUUUUUUUUUGUUUGUUUUUUUUUAGGCAGACCCAGGCAUACCUAGGGACUCAAAAAGAGCCAACAUGUGUUUGAGGCUGCUAGGGGGUAGUGAGUUGUUUAAAAUUGUAAGAAAGUAAUCUAAAUAGUGAAUUACAGUCAGACAUCUGCACACAUUAAGUAGCAACCAACACAAGGUUUCAGCGAAAAUAUCAAAUAUUUUGGGGCUACUCUUGGAGCCGAGAGAAGAAAUAAUAUAAACCCUGCCACUUAAUGCCAUUCAGAUGCCAAAGUGAUGGGUGAAUGGGAAGUAACUUGAAAGCGUUGACAAUGUUCGUUUUACGCAGCCAUGUCCCUGUCUCUGCAGUCAAAAUGGCCCAGAUGGCAUUGUCAAUAGUGGCAUAUUGCAGAGAGAAUUCGUCAGAGGGUAUGACGAAAAUUAAACUGGGGAUAGUGGAGGAAUGUGAUGCUGAUAAAUCCAUGUUCAGCCUGGGUUUAUGUGAAGUUUAACCCGUGAGGGCCCCAAUAGGAUUACCUUAUAUACUAGAGUAUGUCGACCCGAAUAUAAGCCGAGGCCCCUAAUUUUACCACAAAAAACUGUGAAAACUUAAUGACUCGAGUAUAAGCCUAGGGUGGGAAAUGCAGAAGCUACUGGUAAAUUUCUAAAUAAAAUUAGAUCCCAAUAAAAUUACAUUAAUUGAAUAUUUACAGUGUGUGUAUAUAAUGAAUGCAGUGUGUGUGUUUGUGUAGUGUGUGUAAACUGGGUGAGGGGAGGGCUCUUUUAUUUCAACUUUUUUAUUAUAUUUUAAUAUUUUUAUUCUAAUAUUUGUAUUUUUUUUUGGUUUUUGUCCCCCCUCCCUGCUUGUUGCCUGGCCAGGGAGGGGGCUAUGUUAAUCCCUGGUGGUCCAGUGGAUGGGCUGUGCAGUGGGGGGCUGGCAGCGAGCUGUUACUUACCUUUCCUGCAGCUCCUGUCAGCUCCCUUCACCUCCGUGCAGCUCCUCCGUUCUGCUUACAGUGUAAGUCUUGCGGUAUGCGUGUCGCGCGGAGCGUUGCCCUGCUCUGAUGGCCGCGGGUGUCGCGAGACUUACACUGUAAGCAGAACAGAGCUGACAGGAGAGCUGCAUGGAGGUGCAGGAAAGGUGCCAGCCCUCAACAGGACUGCCGGGCUUGUAAUGAGCCCAGCGGUCCUGGUCUGUAUUAUGGCAAUGUAAGUUGCCAUAAUACAGACAUUGACUCUAGUAUAAGCAGAGUGGGGGGUCCUGAAAAACUCUGCUUAUACUAGAGUAUAUAUGGUAGUUCUCCAUGAAGUGAAAGGUGGGGGAACAAAUGGCCCGAACACAAAACCCUGUUCUAAUUCACUUUUCAUAAGAUCACUCAUUAACUCUGGAUCUGUCAUUGCUGUUUGUAGAGUAUUGCAUUCCAGUGUACCAGAUGGCAAGUGCAUGAUACCCGUGUGAAACCGCUAAGACAACCCUUUGGUGAGAAAUUUAACAAAGUGUUGUGAGGGGUGGUGUAACAGAACAGCAAAUAACCUGACGUUGGGUAUGGUUUAGGAAAGAUUUUAUUAGGACACAUGGUUUUUGCGUGAGCCCAGAAACCGUGAGCACAAACGUGUAACAAUCUACAGGAACUAAAACCACAAGUGCCGCAUUAAAAUUGUUGCUAUUUGGGAAUUGCCUAGAAAGACUAUGUCCCAACCCGGCUUAUCAUUCAAAACCGGUUAGUCUUGCAGAGUUAGGGCCUGAGUGGCCCUGCUCAACUUCCGCUGUAUUAGGACAUAGGUGCUGUGGAUGCACAAGCCAGAGUCCUGAGGCCAGAAAAAUGCCUGCAGAAUAACUCCGUAUUUAACUUACUCCAAUUUAUGCUUUAGUUAAAUAGUCAGAGCUGCAGCCACUUUUGCAGAAAAGGAAUGGUGGCAGUCAUAGAAGGCUGUUCCACCGUAUUUGUGCCCCAGAUCCAUUAGUUUGUGCAUGUAUACGUCCAACUCUUCCCUUCUCAGGAUACACAAAGCAAUACAAAUCCCAAAACCUAACACAAAUUCAGGUAUAGACAAUUGGUUGUUCAGCCUAGGAUCCCUUGCCCUCAGCACCACUGAAAUGUCCCCAUAUGCAAAGGACCUGUUCUCAAGGACAUCCUGGGAGGCAAUGAGGAGCGAGACUAGGUUAACAUCCUUGCCCUCCAGGAUGGUGUGUGUGUGGGUUUUUUUUUUUAAAUUUUUUUUUUUUUUUUUCAUAUUAGUCGGGUAUGUAGCGGAGAGCUGGUCUCUCACAGCCUAUAUCUGCUAGUAAUCCAAGGGAGGCUCAGGAACAAAUAAUAAAACCCAGGAGAAUAGUAUCCACAGCAAAUAAAAUAAUCCAAGAAGCUCCCAUAACGUUUUCCAAUGACUGGACGACACACAGCAUCAGGAGCAGAACUAAACUUUUAAUCCACACAACUUUCUUUAAGCAUUUCUCUCAUGCAAGGGAGACACCCACAAUAAUUAGUACAGUAACCAAUCGUGUAUAUGUUACCUCCCAUAUAUCUCCUCCCCUUAGUAUGACACAUAAUCCACUUAUACAGUAUAGGAUUUUACCCGGUUUUCAGAUGUCCCCCAAAAAUGCAAGAUACAGUGAUUUAUAUCCCCUGAUGUGGGUGAGCAACAUAUAAAAAAAAUCACCCAGAUCGAACCAGAAGUUCAGGAGUUAGGUGGAAGUAGAGAUUUGACAGACACACGAGGCAGUAGCCAAAAGCAGUUCCAUAGGUUUGGACCUUGCGGUUGCUCUUUGUUCGGUACAUAAAAAGCACGAAUAUCCCUGCCAUCCAGUGCUGAGCUGGGGUUCGGCUGAAUCCCCUUGUUCAUUUAAACAUAUGGACUGAUUCGUAGUUCUGGUGGUCUUGGCGGUGUUCGGGUAAUCGAGUGUCUGAUUUGGAUUCUAGACACUCGAUGACCAAACACAGCUGAGCGUUCGAAUGUAAAAUGGCCGCUGCCACGUGUUCGUAUGCCGAACAGGGGCCACACAGCAAGCCCACACAGAGGGUUUAGUCAGUUGCCAAUUAGCUUGUGGUUACAGGGAAUUAAGGAGUUAACGAGAGGGCACACUUAUCCCUGGGGUGGUCUGAUUGUUCGGUAGUUUCAUUCGUAUGAUGAACAGAGUGAUUUUUACCGAACAAUCAGAUAAAUACUGCAUGCAAUAGUGUGACGAGACCAAUCUCGCCACAUUGCAUUGGAGGAGCCUGGUUGCCCGCCUAUUGCCCUUGGACUAUGACCCCAUGUUAAAAAACCUUGUUUUCCCCUGCAGAAAAGGCUUGUUCGUGCUUUUCUGCCCGGCGUUCGGUAGAUUGAAUCUACUGAACAAACAACCGAAUGACUGGACCACCUGUAUUGGGAGGGUGUCGGCAAUUUACCUCCCAGAAGCUGCGGUUAACAGCAGCUUAAUUGACGAAUGCUGGGUGGCCUUUGUUCGGUUGCCGAACACGUGGCGGCGGCCAUUUUAAAGUCCCGAGCGGCCAGCAGUGUUCAGCGCCCAAACUAUGGAACUGGAAACGGACACUUAUUUGUGCGAACACUGCUGAGCCGUCAGCCUCCUUGCUUCUGCAUUCGGUCAUUUAACCGGAUGCCAGUUCGUUCGGUAUGAACAGCAUUACCCCAGAUAGCCAUGCCAUAGAGCCUAUUCGUAUAACGAAAGACUAUGGGAAAGACUUUGGCUCCAUGGCGAUUGAACUGUAUGUAUGUUAUCUGAGUGCCAUCUGGUAAUGUGUGCCCAGAUCUAAGCUAUCUGGGGAUAGGUAGAAUGUAUAUGGUUUUUGUGCAACAGUUGUAACUUUAUAAAUUUUUAUGUCUUACUGUCUUUUACUGCCAUGUGAGUUUUGCCUCUGUCCUGGAUUACUUCCCAAUUAUCUCCAGGAUAAUUGUGGGGAUGUUUUACCUCUGUGUGUCUGUCAUUGGUUCAUGUCUGUCCUUUGUCACAGUCUCCCAUUUGGUCCCCUAGAGAGUUUCCACCAGCUCGGAGACCUGCAUAAAUAAUGGACAGGUAGCCCUCCAUAAACCAGACCGGUGCUUGACCCUCAACACGGAGCUCUGUCUCGUCUUUGGGGGGGGAUUUACUGCAUUCUGUUAGAGACUGAUUGCCAGAAGUGUAAGCCGCUUGGGUGCUUUUCCUGUUCGUCUGCUAGCAGCUAUUCGUGAGGUUCCAGUUCAGGAGUUUGGAGCAUUCCCUUGUAUGCAGUUUGGGGGUGCCAUUACAAUUGGUGGCAAGUGGUGGGAUCGUUCCCACAGCCAGAAAGACAGCUACAGGAGACACCAUUCCAUGGAUUUUACAUUUUGAGGGCACCACAUGUCCCAAUACAGUGACCCUGACAGCACCAGGAUGGAACCAGCAGUGGCGUACAGCUACUCUAUGAAAGAGUUUGACAAUAUGAUGGGAUUGCGGCUGAAGUACUAUGGACCCAGCCGUCGGAGAAAUCGGUGCAGCUUAUGAGGAACCUAGUGUUCAAGAAUCUUCAAUACCGGGCAGAAAGGGAAGGUCAGCUGGCACGUUGGGAGUAACUCCAGCGGCGGGUACUGCAGGGAAUUGGGAGCCCAGUCUCCAUCCACCAGCGGCAGGUACUGCAGGGAAUUGGGAGCCCAGUCUCCAUCCACCAGCGGCAGGUACUGCAGGGAAUUGGGAGCCCAGUCUCCACUCCCCAGCGGCAGUGUGCCAUUCAGGGAAUUGGGAGCCCAGUCUCCACUCCCCAGCGGCAUUGUGCCAUUCAGGGAAUUGGGAGCCCAGUCUCCACUCCCCAGCGGCAGUGUGCCAUUCAGGGAAUUGGGAGCCCAGUCUCCUUUCCCCAGCAACAGGACACUGUGUAUUGGGAGCGGAGAGUCAGUCUCCCUCCCUGCGGCUGGAAGUAUGUAUGGGAGAGGAGCUUGUUACCCCCUCUCCCCAGCGGCAGCUUGACAUACCCAGGGAAGAAAGUAAGCCCCACAACCAUGCAAAUGGGACCGUGGUCUCUGCAAUUACAGUACAGGGGGUUGGGACGGUCGGUCCUGUCCCCCAAAAACAGCGCUGUUUAGCCAAAGGGGAGACAGUCUGUCUCCCCCCACAGCAGCAUGGAGGUUUGCCCAAAGGGGAGACAGUCGGUCUCCCCCUCCAGCAACCAGGCGCCAACCAGACUACUCCCGUGGUAGUGCUGGCACCAGGGCAGAGUACCGCUGGUCUCUGUCCACUCAGCAACCCACAAAGUCAGCUUACCAGUCUCCCACACAGCCGUGGUGAGGCACCUGGACAUGGACAAGUUUUUCCUCUACCCAGGUGUAGUAACCAGUUAUUGUGGGUGGGCUGUAUUACUGUUUGUGCUUCGUGGGUGGGCUGCUGGACUAACAAGGGCACUGACCGGCAGGAGGUCAGAUAUCCUGUUAGUCUGUCUGGAAAAGUGGAGAGAUGUGACGAGACCAAUCUCGCCACAUUGCAUUGGAGGAGCCUGGUUGGCCUCCUGUUGCCCUUGGACUAUGGCCCCAUGUUAAAACGCCUUCUUUUCCCCUGCAGAAAAGGCUUGUUUGUGCCUUUCUGCCCAAUUUUUCGGUAGAUUGAAUCAAACUAUGGAACUGGAAACGGAAACUUAUUUUCAUGAAGACUGCUGAGCUGUCAGCCUCCUUGCUUCGGCAUUCGGUCAUUUAACCGGAUGCCUGUUCGUUCGGUGGUUUAACCGUAUGAACAGCAUUACCCCAGAUAGCCAUGCCAUGGAGCCUAUUUGUGUAACGAAAGACUUUGGCUCCAUGGUGAUUAAAGUGUAUGUGUGUGAUCUGAGCGCCAUCCGGUAAUAAUGUGCGCUCAGAUCUAAGCUAUCUGGGGAUAGGUAGAAUGUAUGUUUUGUGCAACAGUUGUAACUUUAUACAUUUUUACGUCUUUUUUUACUGCCAUGUGGUUAAUGGAGUUUUGCCUCUGUCCUGGGAGAUAAUUGGAUUACUUCACAAUUAUCUCCUGGACAGAGGGAGGGGAAUUAGGAUGCAUUGUGGGGAUGUUUUACCUCUGUGUGGCUGUCAUUGGUUCAUGUCUGUCCUUUAUCACAGUCUCCCAUUUGGUCCCCUACGGGAGUGUCCACCAGCUGCAUAAAUACUGGGCAGGUAGCCCUCAAUAAACCAGACCACCGCUUGACCUUCAACACAGAGCUCUGUCUCGUCUUUGGGGGGAUUUACUGCAUGCUGUUAGACUGGUUGCCAGGAGUGUAAGCUGUGCUUUUCAUGUUCAUCUGCUAGCAGCUAUUCGUGAGUUUCCAGUUCGGGAGUUCUACUUUGUAUGCAGUUUGGGAGUUUGGAGCAUUCACUUGUAUGCAGUUCGAGAGUUUGGUGUUCUGCAGUAGCUGUGCCUGUGUCUCUGGAAGGGAAGAUCUGCUAAACGGUGGUUUAACCCUUUUAUGUCUGUGGGUGCUGUUACAAAUAGAAAUACACAAAGCAGAAAAUUAAAUAAAGCAUAUUAUAAACACACACUUUUGCAGACAGCCCAAUGCCCUCCGCUCCAGGAACCAUAUACGAUGGGUUGAUGCUCUCGGGGACCUUAAAUGUGGCAAGAGAGUUACCGGGCGUGACAGCUGAACCCCGCAGAAUCAGGAAAAGCAGGCACAUUGGAGGAACAGACUGCUUAUAACUUCUCCAGUCUAACACUUAAAGUUCCAGUAGAAGACUUCAACGAGGUCAUCAUAGCACGGAGAGCCGGCAUCUGAGUCCCACUAGUCCCUUCCCCUGCAUCUGAGUUGUUUUAGUAUUGAGCAGUCUGAAUAAAAAAAUUUAUAUUAACACACGGUGAAAGGUAAGGCCCUGCUAGUUGCCAAGCUGCAUGAGAGGCUCUAACUAUGCGUUGGCCCAAGGGGAUUUGAGGGCACCCAACGGCGUGGCGGGGUGUUGGCCUCUCAGUGAUAACUAAAGCAUAAGAUGGUAUGGGAGUGACAUGUGAGGCCCUCUCUAUGCAACCAUGCGAGGCGAAUAACUUUACUUUAGGCCGAUGGACGUAUACCUCGAUGUAUGAGGAUGGGUGUUGGCCUCGCGGGACCACUAUCCUAUGGCUUAAGACCAUAAACAUAACCUAUUUGGACACCUAAAUCCCUGAUAGCCAGUACUAUCUGCUAACAGGAGUAGGGUAUAGGAAUUGUAAAUGUCGUACUUGAGAGAGUUGGAAUCAGAAAUGAUUCUUUGCAGAAUUAGGGUAAAGAGGGUGGCAGUAGAUACGAGCUGUGACCUAUAGAUAAUAUGUAAUAAGUAUCUGAGCAUAUUGAUAUAUAUAUGUGUGUGGCCAGAUCGUGGGCCCAAGUAAUAAUAAAGGAACCUAACCUAAAAUUUAGGCGCAAGGAGUGAAAUUGGCAAAAACUGACACUAAUGGAAGAACCUUUUGUAAAUGCUACAGUCUGGUCUGACAAAGGCACCUAAAGGAAUUUGAGAUGUUAAAUGUUAAGUCAGAAGGGAUUAUUUAAAUAAGCCAAACUUCAACCAAAUUACCAGCCUAAAAAGGACAAGUUUGUCAAAGCAGGAACAAUUCCUGACUGAUCUUCCCGAACGGACCUGUGGGAAGAACAUCACGAUGACUUACAAUGUCAACUCAAUGGCAGGGUGAUAUACCAGAAAUAACAAAUCUAAAAAUAGAAAUAAUCACAUGCCAUUAUUUGUAAACCCGUAAUAUCAUUUGUAACCAGUAGGGGACACUGUGACUCAAAGUGACAUAUACAUACAAUUAGUCUUAAUUUGUGUAAGAAGAAUUGGUAACACCUGGGGUAGAAUCGUGCGAACAGUGUCUGCCUUUACCUAGUUGUUCGCACAUUUCAAAAUACAAAUUACGAGAAUGUUCGUAUGAAUCAUGGUGAACGAUUAAAGGAUUACUAUAGGGUCAGGAACACAAACAUGUAUUCCUGACCCUAUAAUGUUUAAAACCACAAUCUAGCCCGCUGGGCCCCUCAUGUCUCCAUAAAUAUAGCAAAAUCUUACCUAGGCCCACGGGUUAAUAUUACAGCCAGACGUGGACGUAAUAUCCGAGAUUUGCUGGUACCGAGCCAUUUUUCACCACUAAACCACAGCCACGUGUCACUUGGUUGGGAACUCCUCCUUGUGGCACGUAUGGCUGUGGCAGGUGUGUAGCUUGUAAGUACAUUUCUAAAGGUUCUAAGACGGUUAGCGACAGUACAGGACAAGGCUCUUUCAAGAUUAAGAGGUGUGUUUUUUAAAUUGUAGAACUUAGGGCUUUGUAUACCUGCUGUCAUGCUCAUGUGGACAAAAUACGUGGGUAAAACCUUUAGGGCCUUUAAAGAUAGAAUCAUGGAACAUGUAAGGUCCCCCAGGAACCGUCUUGAGACAACUAUCUCAAGACAUCUCAAAGAACACCAUCACAGUGACCCGAAUAAUCUUAGAUUUUGUGGACUAGAAUUGGUGAAGAGAAACCCGAGAUGUGGAGAUUUUGAUAAGAUUCUAAGACAGAGGAAGUCUAGGUGUAUAUAUGAAUUAAAAACACUCCAACCUCUGGGUUUGAACGAGGGCUUUUCCUUUGCCCCGUUCAUUUAACCAUUGGCAAUAAGGGUCUCCUUUGUGUGUUGACCACUCGUUUUCUUUGGCUUAUUCAUUAUUUCGUAGUAUAUGUAUUGAAAAUUAAAUGAUCUUUGUCCCCCCCCCUAUAUACCCUUCAUGGACCAUUUGGUAUAUGGUUCUAAGGAGAUAGAUAUAUAGAGAUAUAUAGAGAUAUAUAGAUAUAUAUAGAUAUAUAUAGAUAUAUAUAGAUAUAUAUAGAUAUAUAUAGAUAUAUAGAUAUAUAUAUAUAUAUAUAUAUAUAUAUAUUCAUCAACAUCCCCUGCACUCACGCUUGAAGUAUUCCAAAUGCCGGGCGCACCACCAAAGCUCCAAUAGGUAUAACUUCCACAAGAAAAGGCUGCUCUCCGGACUUAAAAUCAAAGGUUUUAUUGAAAAUAUUUAAAAAUGAUGACCAACGUUUCGGUCCCCGAUCGGGACCUUCCUCAGGGUCAGAGACAACAGUAAACAGUGUACAAAAUGACAAUAUAUACCAUUACAUUAAGUGAAAUAACUCACCCAGGUGUUCUAUUCUCGUUUCCCGCCGGCACCCAGUGAAUUUCCGGGUAUGCGCGCGCACGUCAAUGCGUGCUCCGCCCCUUCAUCAUGUUACGUUACGUGCCGUCGUACUCCCGGUCACAUAGACCGGUCUCCUUAGCAACCGUGUAUACAAAGACCCCUCUUACAACAAGAGGAGUCUAUACCAGGAUAGAGAAUAGGGUAGAGAGAAUUAGUGCCAUAUAUAAAUAAUGUAAGUGCCUUUCUAAAACAAAUCUUGUGAUGGGCUCAUUAUAUAUCAUAUAUCCCUAACCACAAGAACACCUAGUGAACCUAGGUAAGUGACACCUCAUUAAAGUGAUAAUAGUGCCACUAAAGUUUAACCAGAAAGUGUAUGAGCCCUUAUUAUAGUUAAAUGUGAAAUUACACUCAUCGGUGAAUCAAAGGGAUUCAUAUAUAAAACUUUUUAAAGUGAUAACAUGCAUGUAAUAAAGUGCAUAAUAGGUGCUCAUAAGCUACAUAUGUGUAAUCAAACAUAUCAUACAUAUAAAAACAAUUUGGCAUAAUUAUAGACAUACUACCCCUGAGAAAUUCAUUAGACAUAAAAAUAUUUAAAAACAAUAGUAACAAGCUGGUUAGACCUAUAUAAAAGAAUGGUACGUGAUACUCUCAUUAAGACCCAUGGGAGAUAUUGUAUUUAGUUGGUGUAUCCAAAAAGCCUCUUUCUGAAGUAACAUUUUUCCCCUGUUUCCCCCCCUGCGGGGUAGGGGUAUAUGAUCAAUACCCACAAAUUUAAGGGAUGUUUUUUAUCAAGAAAAUGCCGAGCAACUGGCUUAUCAGACUGGCCAUCCCUGUACGCUAAUCUUAUGCUCGAGCGGUGGCCCCUAAUCCUCUCACACAGAGGUGUUUCUGUCUUUCCUACGUAAUAGAGGCCACACGGACACACCAAUUUAUAUACAACAAAGGGGGUUUUACAAGUAAUAGUGUGUCUUAUAUCAUAUAUUUUAUUAGUAUGUGGGUGAUUAAAUUUCUUUGUUGGAAUCAUAUGUCCACAAGUAAUACACCCCAGACAUCGUAUGCUUCCCCGUAUGUUGUGCUUGACUGUUUUAGAAUAACUUUCCACAGGGUCUGUACGCACUAGCAUAUCCUUAAGACUCUUAUUUCUCCUGUAGCAAAUUAAUGGAGUCUCUUUUUAAAAAUCUUUGGCAGGGUGUCAUCCGUAGCAAUCAUUUUCCAAUUGUCUUUAACAAUUGUUGAAAUCAAAUUAGAAGAAUUAUGAAACGUCAUCGGAAAUACUAUUUUUUGUGCAGGAUCCAUCUUUGUUUGCACCGGGGCCGAUUUUGCCUUCAACAGUGCUUCUUCUAGUACCUGAAUAUUAUAACCUCUGUUCAAAAACUUCUGGGUCAUGAUUUUCAAUUGUAGCUCAGCCUUAUUUGUAUCAGAAUUAUUGCGAAUGACUCGCUGGAAUUGUGCUUUAGGAAUAGAUUUUUUCAGCGAAAUAGGAUGUGCACUCCUAGCGUGUAAAAGAGUAUUCCGAUCAGUCUGUUUCGAAAAUAAAGUGUAUUGGACUCUAUUAUCUCCAUAAGAAAGUUCUAAGUCCAGAUAUUGGACACUUUCCUCACUGAUAUUGGCUGUAAAUUUGAUAGGAGUUGGCAGCAAAUUUAACUCCUCCACCAUCGUAUAUGCCUCCGUUUGUGAGCCUCGCCAGGUAAUCAACAGGUCGUCUAUAUAAAGGUAGUAUCCAAUAAUGUUAUCCUUAUAUGUGGUCAAUAUAUGCUGUGUUUCAUACGCAUACAUGUACGCAUUGGCAUACAUAGGGGCCAUGGCUGACCCCAUAGAUGUUCCCGCCACCUGCAAGUACCACCGAUCCUCAAAUCUAAAAUGAUUAUUAUGAAGGAUCAACGACAGAAGCUCCAGAAUAAAUUCUAUCGGUGGGCCAUGGUACAUCGAAGACUCACAUAAUACCUGUCGCAUCGCCUCAAUACCUCCAAUAUGAGGGAUGACCGUAUACAGGCUCUUGACAUCCAUAGUGAUAAAUAUUGGAACCCUUCCAUGGAACUCCAAGGACUUAAUUCUACUCAAGAGCGUUUGUGUGUCCUUGAUACAUGUACUCAAUGCCUCAACUGGUCCUUUAAAAACAAAAUCUAACCAUUGUGCUAUGGGUUCCAAAAUCCCCCCAAUAGCUGAAACAAUGGGGCGGCCAGGAGGUCUUUCUGAGUCUUUAACAUGUAACAUGAUGAAGGGGCGGAGCACGCAUACCCGGAAAUUCACUGGGUGCCGGCGGGAAAAGAGAAUAGAACACCUGGGUGAGUUAUUUCACUUAAUGUAAUGGUAUAUAUUGUCAUUUUGUACACUGUUUACUGUUGUUCUGUUGUCUCUGACCCUGAGGAAGGUCCCGAUCGGGGACCGAAACGUUGGUCAUCAUUUUUAAAUAUUUUCAAUAAAACCUUUGAUUUUAAGUCCGGAGAGCAGCCUUUUCUUGUGGAAGUUAUACCUAUUGGAGCUUUGGUGGUGCGCCCGGCAUUUGGAAUACUUCAAGCGUGAGUGCAGGGGAUGUUGAUAUUCUUUUUAUAUAUAUAUAUAUAUAUAUAUAUAUAUAUAUAUAUAUAUAUAUAUAUAUAUAUAUAUAUAUAUAUAUAUAUAUAUAUAUAUAUAAAUUUUUUUUUCGACACUUGCCCUAUAUAUGAACUGACACUUAUUCGAUAACACUCUGGCUAGCCCGUAUUCAAUAUGUCAUUUUUAGGGCUUCUGCGUAGAUGGACCUCUCUAGUAGGUUAAUUCAUUUAAUAUGUUGUCGAGUUAAAUUAGUGAGACUUUAAAUCCUCACACAUGUGCCUGGACUUUGGUGUGUUUUUCUACUCAAUUCAUGUACAUUUACAUAUGCUGCCAAAGAUUAAUGGGACACUGUAGUCACUAUAACCACUUUGUCUCUUUAAAUUGGUUAUAGUGCCCUGGCACUGUCCCUCCAUUCAGUGUUGCACCAUGUUUGUGCAAUAUGCCACAAAAUAAGAGUCCCUGGCCACCCACAGCCCGGCCCCUUCAGUAUGUGUAGCUAAGGCAGAGAUUACACACUUCCUUGUUGUCAUACCCACUCAUACCAUCAGUUGGAACUCUGACAGGCUAAAAGCAGUCAGCUGACACUCUCCGCCAAUCACAGCUGCCUAUUGCUGCUCAGGCUAAUACUUCCUUAUUAGCCAAAGCAGCACAGAGGGGAUGGAUUGCCGGGGAUUCUUGUUUAGCAUUCAAACAUUAAAAGUUUUAAAAACUGUUUAAUGCUGAAAGAAAUGAUGGUACCAGAGGACUCCAUACACUAUAACCAGUUUAAUGAGAUGAAGCAGAUACAGUGCCUACGGUGUCCCUUUAACUGUUUUUAUUUUUUAAUUGGCAUUAUAUGCCUGGCAGUUCUGCAUGUGUUAUACAAAUUAAUUUAACCCCAUUUGUGCUGUAUGCUACAUUACCUUUUUUUCCUAAUGAGCCCCAAUCGUUAGUUUAAAAAAAAAAAAAAAAAAGCUUUUAUACAUCUUUAAUAUGCAUCUAGCAACCUUGUUAUAAUCUGUAACAAGUGUUAUACUCUGUCCUUACUUUUUCCUUUCCCUUCAGUCUGUAUAAAUAAACAUUCCAAAAUGGUGUAGUCAGUGGAUAAUCCAAGUUUGGCUCUUAUUGGAUACAGAGACUUCAGUAAAGGGAAUUAGUUUUUAUUUCUACCCUACUGCACCCCUCAGCCUCUCCUCUGGGAUGUCCCUUUUCAGUGAGGGGGUGUAGUGUUAAAGGAACACUAUAGUCACCUAAAUUACUUUAGCUAAAUAAAGCAGUUUUAGUGUAUAGAUCAUUCCCCUGCAAUUUCACUGCUCAAUUCACUGUCAUUUAGGAGUUAAAUCACUUUGUUUCUGUUUAUGUAGCCCUAGCCACACCUCCCCUGGCUUUGAUUGACAGAGCCCGCAUGAAAAAAAAAAACUGGUUUCACUUUCAAACAGAUGUAAUUUACCUUUAAAUAAUUGUAUCUCAAUCUCUAAAUUGAACUUUAAUCACAUACAGGAGGCUCUUGCAGGGUCUAGCAAGCUAUUAACAUAGGAGGGGAUAAGAAAAUCUUAAUUAAACAGAACUUGCUAUAAAGAAAGCCUAAAUAGGGCUCUCUUUACAGGAAGUGUUUAUGGAAGGCUGUGCAUGUCACCUGCAGGGAGGUGUGACUAGGAUUCAUAAACAAAGGGAUUUAACUCCUAAAUGGCAGAGGAUUGAGCAGUGAGGCUGCAGGGCCAUGUUCUAUACACCAAAACUGCUUCAUUAAGCUAAAUUUGUUCAGGUGACUAUAGUGUCCCUUUAAGUCUACACAAUCUGAUGAACAAAUCUAGCUAUGUACCUUUUGUGCGCAGGCGUUAUUACUCUGACCCGGAUAGGUACAAUGCUCUGUGUGUACUUGUACAUUUUUGCACUAAGUCCUCGCACAUGCGCCGAUAUGCCGGUAUGGACCUACAUACUGACCGUAGCAUACUCCCCGCUAGACUCGGGGAUUGACAGGCAGAUCCUAUUGGCAGAUCUGCUGUAGUGACGGCCCAUGAUGUACAGGUGGGAGGAGUUAUGAGCUAUUUAAUGUGCGAGGGGGGGAUCCCUCAAUUCCAUUUUUUUGCCCUUGAGGAAGGCAGUUAGACCGCCGAAACGCGCGUCGGGCUAUUCCGAUGCUGUUACUUUUGUUUUUAGCACUCAUUGCAGUUUUGUGCUGUGCCUACAUGAGACCUUGGCCGGCCGGCCGGUCUCCUUAUCAGUUGGGGCAUCUGGGUUUCUUUAUAAGAGGUAUCUACAGUGGAGGUGUCCUUCCUUUUUUUUUUCUUUUUUUUUUUGUGUGCUUUGGACCCCCCCCCCGGUGAUUACCUCUCGCCCUCUUUAUUUUUCCCUAUAUAUAUCUCUGUCCUUUCGAUUUCCUACCUCUCAACAGAUAGGACAGUUAUAUAUGGAUAUUUUAGACUAUCUUGAUAAUGCUUUGACUUGUAUGGGGGAUUUCUUAUGUGUCUUUGCCCUCUGGUUUAUCUACUGGAGCACAGCACACUGCUUCUUUGUCAUCUAUUCACAUAUCUGCAGACUCUGUGAGUUAGCAUUGCAACAGUGUUUCUACUGAUUUUUAUUAUGUUAUGAAUAGGUUUGCUACACUUGUGGUAACCUAUUCAUGCUAUCACAGAUUAACCUAGCAGCGACUGGUAGCCAAUAUAGUACCUAAUUUUUCUUUUGUUUUGGGUUUUUAUCCCCAAUAUUUGGGAAUUAUGUGUGUUUUGAAUUUUCCUUAAAGUUUAUUUUAGUUAUAUAUAUAUAUAUAUAUAUAUAUAUAUCUUUUUUUUCUAUAAGCUCUUACAUAUGUUUUUCUAGGGGUGGUGCCGGUAGGAGGAUUCCCUCCCCCCCCUCCCCCCUGUCCUUGUACGAGGUGAUUUCUUCCUAUUAUUCUUUAAUUCUUACUGUAUUCAAGCCUGAAGCUGUACCCCUGCAUGUUGUCUCAGAAUAACAAGCUGUAUGCUGACAUCAUCAGAAUCUGUAGCCUGAUCCAAUCACAGUGCUUCCCCAUAGGAUUGGCUGAGACUGACAAGGAGGCAGAUCAGGGGCAGAGCCAGCAUGAUUCAAACACAGCCCUGGCCAAUGAGCAUCUCCUCAUAGUGAUGAAUUGUAUCUCUAUGAGGAAAGUUCAGUGUCUGUAUGCAGAGGGAGGAGGCACUGAAUGUUUGGAUGUAUUUUAGGCAGCCAUGACCCAGGAAGGAUCUCUAACAGCCAUCUGAGGAGAGGCCAGUGAAGUUAUCACUAGGCUGUAAUGUAAACACUGCAUUUUCUCUGAAAAGACAGUGUUUACAGCAAGAUGCCUGAAGGUAAUGAUUCUACUCAACAGAACAAAUUCAAUAAGCUGUAGUUGUUCUGGUGACUAUAGUGUCCCUUUAACCCCUUAAGGACACAUGACGUGUGACAUGUCAUGAUUCCCUUUUAUUCCAGAAGUUUGGUCCUUAAGGGGUUAAAUAUGCAAAGGUAGUAAAAGGAGCUGAACGAUGCUUCCGUUCGUGCGGUUGGAAGAACUAAAAGCCCGUACCCAUGGGAGCAAACUAAUUUUAUACGUGCUGUAAUUUGAACAGUGCCGAACGCCUAUAGACUAUCCGAAAUUAAUAGGAAUAGACCCAAACCGUGAUGACGCUGAAGAGUGCGACUGCGGCUUGACGGUAAGGGUCUGACUUAUGGUUGACGAGCCGCACAGAGACCAGUCUCUGAGCAAGCUGGAGGAGGCAGCAGGUUUGUAGCGUUUGAGCGAUCAGCUAAGCAGAACAGAGACAGGAGCCAGGGACUAGGACCACGAGGGAAAACUGGUAAGAGACCGCAAAAUCGCUACUUGACUGGAAGUAACCUCUUCAACUCUCCAUACCAACAACGCUAAACUGGGAGAGGAUUGGCAGCCAUUUUAAAGAGGAUCCAAGCUCCUCCCACAACUAAAGGUCUAACCUUAAGUGUGUGUGUGUAUAUAUAUUUAUUAAUUAUGUUUUUUUUUUUUCUUUGAUCAUGCGUUUACUUUUCAACUAUUUCAUAAACUUGCAUAUCACACUUUGGCUUUAUUCAAGAUCCUCACAUCUCAAGAUUGGAGAUAGGCGUCCCACAAUUCAUAGGCCUUCAUUAUUUUUGUAAUUAUUAUAAUUUUUUUUUUUUUUUUUUUACCCUAUCCCUGUCUGAACGAGAGUGAAACAUAUACAAUAUCUGCCAUAGUGCCAACUCUAGUCAUAUCUAAUGUGAAUUUAAAGGGACAGAUCAGUCACCAUAACAAUGUCAUAUAAAGUUAUGGUGCCAGGAGGCCGCCAGGCGCACUCUUGCUUAAGAGGGUUAAACCGUUCUCGAACUAGCUUCUCAAUGACCGUCAAAGACUCCGCAGAUUGACUGAGAGUGGUCAGCUAACACACUCAGCCAAUCAGUGACUCCCAUUCACACUGGCCUGGAAAUGGCUUUUUUUUUUUUUUUUAAAUAAAGACCGUCUUAUGAAUGGGGAGUCACUGAUUGCUGGAUAUACUACCAGUCAGAGCGUUAAGCAUGCUGUCUGUACCCAGAUGCAAAACGAGCUUAGUGAUGUUUACACCCAGUUACCAGCAUUUCCAAGGAAUGACCUGAAUUUUUGAAGAUUGAUAAUUGGUAUCCAUGGCCAUGUGCAGUGUCUAUUAGUACAUAGGUAGCUAAAAGUACCUUCAUGUCAUCAUUGAUGUAUCAUUUCAUUAUGGUUUCUGAAGUACUGAUUUUAAAGUAUGUUUUGUUUUAAUCUAUUUUCUACUUAUGGAAACCUUUCAAAGCAUCGGUUGCAUGAGCAUAUUGUAAAUAGUGUAAUUAUUGGCUGAUACAGUUUGUGACAAGCUAUACUUGUGUUUUGAUUGACAAGAAAACCUUAGCCCUAGACUGCAAUAUCAAUUGCUAAACCUAAAAUGCAUAAUUCUACCCAGGGCUCAAUUGUACCCUGGAUCUUCCAGACUUACAUUGGUGAGUAACACUUAGAGCAGAACUGCCACCACCCCCUUCUGAAAAAUGUAUAUUUCGGGUAGAAUCCUUUACUAAUAUUGACUGAUGGAAAUUCACUGAAAUUACAACAGUGUUGAGAGAUACUGAGACAAAGUAGGGAAUACUUUGUCCCUGUUUAUUUCCUACACCAGACACUGAGUGGAGCUACAGCUAUUUAGAAGUAUUAAUUCCUGUGUGCUGUUAAUCAUGAAACUGUUGCCUUUUAUGUGAACGGCUAGUGGAUUCUGGCUUAUCACAUCAUUCCUUGUAUAGUGUGCAAGCUCCUGUUGCACAUUAUAUUGCCUGAAUGCCAGGUAACCCCCUUAAAGGACCACUAUAGUGCCAGGAAAACAUACUCGUUUUCCUGGCACUAUAGUGCCCUGAGGGUGCCCCCACCCUCAGGGACCCCCUCCCGCCCGGCUCUGGAAGGGGAAAGGGGUAAAAACUUACCUUUUUCCAGCGCUGGGCGGAGAGCUCUCCUCCUCCUCUCCGCCUCCGAUCCUCCCCGCCGGCUGAAUGCGCACGCGCGGCAAGAGCUGCGCGCGCAUUCAGCCCGUCGCAUAGGAAAGCAUUUACAAUGCUUUCCUAUGGACGCUGGCGUGCUCUCACUGUGAAAAUCACAGUGAGAAGCACGCAAGCGCCUCUAGUGGCUGUCAAUGAGACAGCCACUAGAGGAUUAGGGGGAAGGCUUAACCCAUUCAUAAUUAUAGCAGUUUCUCUGAAACUGCUAUAAUUAUAAAAAAAUGGGUUAACCCUAGAAGGACCUGGCACCCAGACCACUUCAUUAAGCUGAAGUGGUCUGGGUGCCUAGAGUGGUCCUUUAACCGAGCUUACUUGGAGCCAGGGGUGUACACGAAGCAUUUGGCACCGGGGGCAGAUCCAAAAUUAGGCCCCCCCCCCCAGCUAAAAGAAUGUAAAUACCUGCAAUUUUUUUAAAAAUGUAUUUAGCACCAAGCAGUGUUUGUGUGUUUUUGGUAUGGAGUAUGUGAGAGUGAAUGUACGGGUGUGUUUGCACGUAUUGGCAUUUGAAUGCAAGUGUGCAUUUUCUGUAGUGUGGUUUUUGAAUAUGGUGGUGUGUUUUUACAUAGAAACACAGUCAUACACAGAUACAGACACUGACAUGCACACAUACAGACACUGGCACACACUGAUACAUACACAGAUACAGACACUGACACAUACAGAUACACAUAUACUAACACACAAACAUAUACAGACACAUGUAUAAGUGAGUGUGUUUGUAUUAAUGCAGUGUGCUUGUAUAGUGAAUGCAAUGCAUGUGCUUGUAUAGUGGGAGACGGGGGUGGACGGACUAAAUACCUUGGCUCCCUGGUGCAGAGCUGCAUGAAUCACGUGAGACACAAUCAGUGUUGCCGUGGUAACCCGCGGCAACUCUGAUUGAUCAGGGCUCGCGAGACACAUGGUCUGCAGCUCUGCACAUUGUGGAGCUGCAGACCGGUGUCUGCGAUGGGCGCAGGAGGGACAUCUCACCCGGCGGUAUAUCGAGCAAGCCACCAUAUCCCCUCCUGGUGAGUCUGACCCCCCUUAGUACGCCACUGCUUGGAGCAGCUUUUUAAAAGAUCUUAGAACAAAUUGUUUCAUCUCACAAUGAGACCUGUGUCAAGUGACCAAUACAUAAAUUUAUUCCAAGAAUUGGAUUGUUCUGAGAUUUUUGAAGAUUGUAUUAACUGUUUAUGUGAGCCCCUACCAGGACUUAAUAUUGAUGUCUCCAGUCCCUAUCUUGCAUGUUAAUAAGACCAGUGUUGUCUGAUAUGACUGUCCUACAGCCAGUAGCUCUUUAAAAUAAAUCACUUUUUUAAAAAAGAUUUCUAGGUAGGCGCAGAUAAAAAGCUUCUCAUAGAAAAGCAUUGCUGGCAGUUUGCCGUGCAUGUGCCCUUCCUUCUAAUUAUAAGAAACAUUGCAUUUGUUGGGUGAUCAGUAAUUACAGGAGCUUCAAGUCUUACCACUGGAUUACUGGUAAGGGCUUUAUUUUUCAGGAACCCAGAAAUCUAAGUACCAUAUAUACUAUAGUAUAAGCCGAAUUUUUUUUUUAGCGGGGGGGCGCGCUAGAUUUAGGCGACCGGGUUACCAUGGCAACGCUCUGCGCAGCACGCAGACCGCGAGACUUACACAGGGGAGCUGCUGGGAAGGUCAGUAACAGCUUGCUGCGGGCCCCCACUGCUCGGUACAUGCCACUGGACCACCAGGGAAUGCCAUAGCUCCCCUCCCUGGCCAGGUAGCAAGCAGGGAGGGGGGAACUAAAAAUAAAACCUAUCAAUAUUAAAAAUGCCCCCAUUUUACACAAAUUACAUCCCUUCAGAAACACACGCGCACACACUCUGCGUUAUGUGCGCGCGCGUGCGCACUCUGCGUUAUGUGUGCGCACGCGCACACAGAUUCCCUGUCUAAACACACUGCAUCCACUACAUGUGGCAUGUAUAUUUUGUGCAUUUACCUUAAAUAGUUUUUUUUUUCAAAAUGGUAAAUGUACAGAAUAUCGGCAAGUUAUCGGCCUGAAAAUUCAGAUUAUUGUCUCUUAAAAAAAAAAAAAUCAAUAUCGGUCAAUCCCUACUAAGGAGGUGGGGGGAGGGAAGGACCACUAAGGAGGUGGGGGGAGAAGGACCACUAAGGAGGUGGGGGUGAAAGGACCACUAAGGAGGUGGGGGUGAGGAAAGGACCACUAAGGAGGUGGGGGGUGAGGAAAGGACCACUAAGGAGGUGGGGGUGAGGAGAAGGGGAAAGGACAACUAAGGAGGGGGAGGGAGAAAGGACAACUAAGGAGGGAGGGAGAAAGGACCAUAAUAAUGUGGUUUAGACCAACCUGGACUGCAUUGAUAGGUUGUUGGUAUUUUGGUCAGGUUAGCCAUGCACAGUUGGACAAAUGUGACAUUGAUAAUGUGGAAGUAUAAAUUUCUGCAUUGUAAAUGCAGCAUACGUAGCGGCAGUUUGCUUGGCAUAGGUUGUCAGACAGCUUCCAAAUUGUGGGACAUUAUCGGAGCUGUAGACGUUGCAUUAUGUGACAUUCUUUAACACCGUGAGUGACAGCCUCUUAAUCCUUACAUAAAGACCAAAGUUGCCUUCACAGGCGAGCUACAAGAAUGCUACACGUUGUGAUUUGCAGGUCUCUCCUCAUCCUCCCUGCUGUUUUAGAAUGGAGAAAAAGUAUAUGUACAUUGAUAGUCUUCUCUAACCAGAAGAACUGUCAUAGCGCUGUAACAUGAGUUAGAGCUAUUUACAGGAGACCUGCUAGCUACAACAACCUGGCAGAUUCUUAAAGAAUCAGUCUCCAAACACUACAGGAGAUUUGUUUAAGGCAGCUUUGUCACCUUUGGCAUUUUUUGACUAUUUUACAAAGACCCUCUAAGAUGACAUCCACACUUGCUUUGUGGUGGCCCAGUGGUGCAACUUUAGUGGAGUUAUCCUUACCUGAAUCUCUCUAUUACAGGAACCAUCAUAUUCAUUCUAAAGCUCCCGGACCUUCAUUUGCCAGGAACUGUGCCCCUGCUCUGCCCCACCUCCCCAAAAAAUCUUACCUGGAUCUCCAUGGUACCAGAGCCACAUCUGGCCUCAGAAGGUUGUCUUCAUUGAGUUGAAGCAGUUCUAAUAUAGCUUAUCUCCGUGGAAAGCAGGGCUAUGGAUGCGUGCACCCUAAAAUGGUUUGACCAAUUACUCUGGGAGGUGUAGCUACUACAACAGGCUGUAGUAGUUAUGGUGUUUGGAGAAUUCCUUUAAAACUGAGCCCAGAGCUGAAGGGAUUUCUUACCAAUUUAAAAGUGCACCUGUAAUGUAUUUUAUUAUUUAAGAGAGUGCUUUUCUUUAUUUAUUUUUUUGCCCAGCUUAGGGACGCUUAUCCAAGAAAGGCGAACCUCUUCUGCCUUGCCAACACACUGGCUUUGUUGCCAGCAUGCAGACAUCAGAGUAGAGUGAUGUCUGCAUUGGUUAAGGGGUUAUCAUAACCACUAAAUCGCCUGCAAUGUGUGGAGAAUAGAAAGACUGCCUGUGGGGGAAGCCUUUUCUAAUCUCAAUUGUCAGUCAGCUCUUUGGUGCAUAUAGUGUAUGCCAAUCAAUUGACUGACAGCUGUGGGAAAGACCUAUUUUUAAAUGUUUUUUUUUUUUUUUCUCCCAAUACAUACAUUUUCUAGCAAACAUUCUAGCACAAUGUAUAUAUUGAUUAUAGGUACCACGAAAGAGGGAUACCUGUUACAGCUGGUCUGUACCAUUCACUCAAAUCUCUUACCAGCAGCAUCUCAAGUUUCAAUGGGAGCAUUAUUGGUUACCAUGGGAACCAAGGUAGUGUGAGUUUUUUCACUGGCUGGAGAGAAGUUGCUAAGUCCAAUAAAGCAUCAUAGUGAGGGGCAAUGACAGGCUGCUCUAGCUGUCACUGUCAUCGUAUAGGUAGCCAUGUAACUAACUAGUUAUGUCCACCUGCACUCAAGACAGAUCAGAACUAGCAACUGGCCAUGCAAGAAAAAUUCCUUGUUCCUUUUCCACUCUGCCAAAAAUAAAUAUUAAUGGUGAGAAUUGGCUUGCCAUCCAAUACGAAACAAAAGCAAAACCACUGCUCAACUGAAAGGGUUAGUGGCUAAUUUGUUUUAUUCCUAUGAGUUAUGAUUUCCUCUGACCCUUUUGGGUCUGAAACGAUUUUGGCUUUGGCUCCGCCCUCUGGUGCAGUUCAUCAUGCCGAGGUUGUUCAUACUAAUGAAGUUGCAAUGAUUGUGUAUUCUGCUGGAGCAUGGUGUUUGUUUUUUCUUUGAUUAAUAAUGUUCCUUAAAGGGACACUAUAGUCACCAGAACUACAGCUUAAUGUAGUUGUUCUGGUGAGUAUAAUAGGUCCCUUCAGGCAUUUUCAUGUAAACACUGCCUUUUCAGAGAAAAGGCAGUGUUUACAUAGCCCCAAGGGCCACUGUUUCAAGUGGCCACUCCUUAGAUGGCCAUCAGAGGGGCUUCCUGGCUCAGGGCUGCACAGUAAGCAGCCCUGCCGUUCGAGGCCCCUACGCUCUGCAUGGAGACGCUGAAUCUUCCUCAUAGAGCUGCAUUGAUUCAAUGCAUCUCUGAGAAGGUCCUGAUUGGCCAAAACACUGUGUGGUCCCAACCCAUGCCGAUUUUUAGCGAAAGCAUUUGAUUGGGCUUUAAGUUCUUUCAACCGCACGAAUUCAAGCAUCGUUCGACUCCUUUCACUACCUUUGUAUACUUAAAGGGACACUAUAGUCAACAGAACUACAGCUUAUUGAAUUUGUUCUGGUGAGUAGAAUCAUUACCUUCAGGCGUUUUGCUGUAAACACGGUCUUUUCAGAGAAAAUGCAGUGUUUACAUUACAGCCUAGUGAUAACUUCACUGGCCACUCCUCAAAUGGCUGUUAGAGAUCCUUCCUGGGUCAUGGCUGCCUAAAAUGCAUCCAAACAUUCAGUGCCUCCUCCCUCUGCAUGGAGACGCUGAAUUUUCCUCAUAGAGAUGCAUUAGUGCUGCAUAAACAGAAGUUUGUGACUAAGUGGCUACUAAAAAUGACUGGACAUACCGCAUUUGCAAUACCUUGGGUUGUCUACUUUUGCAAAUGGUAUGCCAUCAACGGGGUAAUUCUUAUUCCUGGGCUACCAUACGCUCUCAAAGGCAACAUAACCAAUCUGGCAAAUUUCAAUGUCAAAAAAAUGAAAUGCAAGCCUUAUAUGUGUGACUCUAACUUUCCAAAACACAAUAAAACCUGUACAUUGGGGGUAUUGUUAUUCUCUGGAGACUUCACUAAACACAAAUAUUAGUGUUUUAAAACAGUAAAACAUAUUACAACAAUAAUAUAGUCCAUAAAAGUGCAGUUUGUUUGUAAAAAAUGCAAAAAACGGCUAUUCUAAGCGGCUCUAAAAUAAAUCUCUCUCUCAAAUCACUGGCUGACACACACUGCCUCUCUCCUCCCCUCUUAACCCCUUAGGUUAAAAAUAAAAUAUACUUAGAAUAUAUCUGUGUGUAUAUGUCUCCCUCUCCCUCUCCCUCUCCCCCUCCCUCCUCUCCCCCCUCUCCCCCCUCUCCCCCUCUCCCCCCUCCUCCCCCCUCUCCCCCCUCUCCCCCCUCUCCCCCCUCUCUCUCUCUCUCUCUCUCUCUCUCUCUCUCUCUCCCCCUCUCUCUCCCUCUCUCUCUCUCUCUCUCAAAAAUAAAUAUAUAGAUGUUAUUUCGUUCUAACUGUAUUGUGAAAUUAAUAUAUACAUAUCAAAAUACACGUAGAACGAAAUAAUAUAUAUCUAUAUACAUAAAUAUAUACGUACAUAUCACUAUAUAUAUAAAUAAAAUAUUGAAAAAAAUUAUAAAGAUAUAUAUAUAUAUACAUGUGUGUGUAUAUAUAUUUAUGUAAUAUUUUUACAUAAUUAGGUAUCUUUAUUAAUUACAAUUAGCGGACCUGCCUGACAACCCAUGCCGAAAGUAAAGGGAAUGUAAUUUGCUAGCACUAUAUUUAACCCUAUAACUUUCCAAGACACCAUAAAACCUGUACAUGGGGGGUACUGUUCUACUCGGGAGAGUUAGCUGAAGAAAAAUAUUAGUGUUUCAAAACAGUAAAAUGUAUUACAACAAUAUCGCCAGUAAAAGUGAAGUUUUUUUGCAUUUUUCACGCACAAACAGCACUUACACAGACGAUAUUAUUGCUGUGAUACUUUUUACUGUUUUGAAACACAAAUAUUUGUGUUCAGCGAAGUCUCCCGAGUACAACAGUACCCCUCAUGUACAGGUUUUAUGGUGUUUUCAAAAGUUACAGCGUCAAAUAUAAGGCUUGUGUUUCAUUUUUUUCACAUUAAAAUUCGCCAGAUUGGUUACGUUGCCUUUGAGACCCUAUGGUAGCCCAAGAAUGAAAAUUACCCCUAUGAUGGCAUACCAUUUGCAAUUGUAGACAACCCAAGGUAUUGCAAACAGGGUAUGUCCAGUCUUUUUUAGUAGCCACUUAGUCACAAACACUGGCCAAAAUUGGCGUUUUUUUGCAUUUUUCACACACAAACAAAUACUAACGCUAACUUUGGCCAGUGUUUGUGACCAAAUGGCUACUAAAAAAGACUGGACAUACCCCAUUUGCAAUACCUUGGGUUGUCUACUAUUGCAAAUGGUAUGCCAUUAUGGAUGUAAAUUUCAUUCCUGGGCUACUAUACAGUCUCAAAGGCAAUGUAACCAAUCUGGCAAAUUUCAAAUGUAACGUGCUAUAUUUGACCCUGUAACUUCCCAAAACACCAUAAAACCUGUACAUAGGAGGUACUGUUUUACACGUGAGACUUUGCUGAAUACAAAUAUGUGUAUUUUAUUGCAGUAAAAGCAAACAUUAAGACAUUGACAGUUAAAAUGUCAUGUAGAACUAAAAAAAUUUUUUAAAAUCUUAUUUUCUCCCAUUUUUUCAUAUUAAAUUAUGUUUCAUAGCUAAAUAUUUGAUAUUAAAUGAAAGCACUGUUUCCCCUGAAUAAAAUGAUAUAUAAUAAGGGUGGGUGCAUUUAAUAUGAAAGAGGUGAAUUAUGGUUGGACAGACAUGUAGCGCAAAUGCCAGGUUUUGUUUACAUUUUUUUUGUUCACAUCGUGUGCAUUUGGCGCCGUCCUUAAUAUUAGUAUUAAAAUACACAACGUAUGACGUUUUUUAUAUAUAUAUAUAUAUAUAUAUAUAUAUAUAUAUAUAUAUAUAUAUAUAUAUAUAUAUAUAUAUAUAUAUAUAUAUAUAUAUUAAAUAUAUAUAUAUAUAUAUAUAUUUUUUUACACAUUUUUAUUUUUCAUUUCCCACCAGCAGGGGGACUGUCUGAUAUUUCAGACAGUCCCCCUGCUGGCAGAUCCAUAGCCAGCUAUAGGGGGCCAUGUGAUCGCUCUUUCGCCGGGGGAGGGCUGCCUGGGCGGUCAGGCAGCCCUCCAGAAGAGGAUCCCAGCGGAGGUAAGUAGCUGCGAUCCUCUGGGGCUGAAAGCCGUUACUGUGUUCUAUGCCGCCGCAACGGCUUUAAAGCCGCGACGGCAUAGAACGCCGUUAAGGGGUUAAUUCCUAAAUGACACAGAAUUGAGUAGUGCAACUUUAAAGGCAUAAUCUAUACAUCAAAACUGCUUCAUUAAGCUAAAGCUUGUUUUGUCCCUUUAAUUUAUAGUAUAUGGUAUUGGUUAUGGUGGCGACAUGUCCCUGGUGCUGUGCCCAAAGUGCAAUAUUGUCCAGACUGCUCCUGUAAGCAGUUAUGCUUUCACAUUUGUAAUGUCAAUUUUGGCCAGUUUUGGGUCCAUUUAUUGCCUGAACAGAAAUAGUGAUGGAAUUUAUAUUGCUGUUGUGGAAGUGUUGCUUGAGAACUCUAUUCAGCUGAAUGGCCAAAUAAACUGUAAAGGUGAUGGUGUAGUCCUCCUUCUCUCCCCUCAAUGUGCCUUUCAAACUAUCCUCCCUGUCCUAUCCUUUACUUCCUUUGAAGUUCACACUGUCCGUCUAUUUAAACCCACUCCUCUAAGAAUUGCUAUCAUUUUAUCCACCCACUGGUCAUCCUAGGCUAUUCAUUGAACACUUGUUUCUUCCUGGCUACCCUAUUUCCUGUCCUCUAGCACUCCUUCCCUAAUUCUUGGGGAUUUUAAUAUCCCAAUCAACAACCCCAACUGUACUGAUGCCUCUCGUCUGCUCUUUGUAACCUCCUCUGUUGGACUCUCACAGUGGUAUAAUUCAGCAGCUCGGGAACACUCUUGACCUUAUCUUCACCAAUCUCUGUAUCACCUCUAAUCUCUCAAAUGUUCCAUUUCCUCUAUCUGUCCACCAUCUGCUGUCCAUUGACAUCCACAUACCCUGUACCCACAGUUCACCACAUCAGUCUUGCUGAAACCUCCAUUCUCUUGACCUACAGUGAUUCUCCACCAACCUCCAGUCUACUUUCACCCAUCACAAAUCUCACCUGCCCUAACACUGCAACCUCCCUCUACAACUCCACUCUUUCCUCUCAACUAGAUAUCAUUGCACCUACUACACUUAAACACAGCAAGCUGAUCCGAUUCCUCCAAAAAUGUUCCAGAACUGCUGAACACUGCUUGCUUUAUAGUGCAUCUGACUUCAUCCGCUAUAAAUGUAUGCUGCGCUCCUACAGUCUGGCACUUUCCUCUUCAAAAGGAAACUACAUCAAUACACUCAUAACCACUCUCCCAUUAGCCCAAACAACAGUUUCAUGCUUUUAACUCUUCUUCGCCCUGUUGUGCCUCCUCCUCCUACCAACUUAACCACCACAAACUUUGCAACUCACUUCACUGAGAAGAUUUCUACAAUCAGGAGAUCGCUCAUCUCUCCCCAUCCACUACCAACUUUUCACCUAACUACACUCACUCAGCUCUCCUUUGCUCAUUUUCACCCGCUACAGCAGAAGAGGUUUCUGCUCUGUUCCUCUCGCCCCACCACCUGUUCCCUCAAUCAUAUUCCCUUGUCUCUCAUCCGCACUUUGUCUCCUUCUCUUGCUCUGUAGUUCACUUAAAUAGCACCCUCCAUUUACCCUUCAAACAUGCAAUCGUAACCCCGAUUCUGAAAAAGCCAACUGUGACCACAAUUCCCUCUCCAACAACCGCCCUAUCUCGCUACAGUUUGUCGCCAAGAUCCUUGAGAGAAUUGUGUAUGAGAGAUUGACAGACUUGCUCGAAUCCAACUCUGUGCUUGACCCGCUUCAAUCUGGAUUCCACGCUCGUCACUCUGUUGAAACAGCUGUAACCAAAGUAUACAAUGAUCUUAUCACUGCAAAAUUAUGUGACCACUACUCUAUCCCAAUUCUCCUCCGCCUUUCUGCUGCUUUUGACACAGUUGAUCAUCAGCUUCUUCUCAUCCUUCGUAAUCUCGGUCUAUGAGAUACAGCUCUCUCCUGGUGCUCCUUUAGCCCAAUCCCUCUCUGUUGGUGUUUCCCAAGGGUCUGCCCUUGGACCCUAUUGUUCUCAAUCUACCCUGCCUCCCUUGGUAAACACAUGAGCUCCUUCAGCUUCCAGUAUCAUUUCUAUGCAGGUGGCGCAAAUUUACCUGUCCUCCCUGGAUAUCUCACCACCCUUCUUGACUUGUGUCUCUGGCUGCCUCUCUGCUAUUUCCAACUGGGUGGCUGCUCGUUUCCUUAAACUGAAUCUGUCCAAAUCUGAACCUCUGGUCUUUCCUCCAUCAAGUGUUGCUACUUCCUUGUCUGUCAAUGGUGCUACCAUCAGCUCUACCUCUCAAGCUCGCUGCCUAGGUGUUCCCUUUGUCAGUCCCUACAUUGGCUUCCUGUGAGAUUUAGAACUCAAUAUAAAGUCCUGAUACUUGCUUACAAAUCUCUGCACAAUGCUGCUCCGACCUACUUAUCCUCACUAAUACACAAAUAUGUCCCAUCUAUGCACCUCCCUACAUCUGACCUCUGUUCAUACUCCUAUCCCUAAUGCUCGCCUUAAAGACUUCUCUAGGGCUGCACCAUUCCUAUGGAACGCCCUUCCACUCCUUCAAAAAAAUCUUUGAAAAAUUCUUUAGGAAAGCAUAUCAAUUAAACGGUGAACAGCUUUCCCUCCCCGCACCCUAAUUCCUCUCCUGCAACUGUCAUCAAAACAGUAAGCCCUCGAUGAAUACUAUCCUAGCAACCUACUUUUCUACCAUAUCCUUACCCUUUGUGUCACUAUACCCCACUCCCUCUCGCAUGUAAGCUCAUUGAGCAGGUCCCUCUGUUCCUGUGCGUCCAACUUAUCUUGUUAAAAAAGGUGUGUUUGUCCACCCGUUGUACAGCACUACGGAACUUGUUGGCGCUUUAUAAAUAAUCAUUCUCUGUACUUUUUGCGUAUAUAAAAUACAAGAUUCAGCGCACUGCAUUCAUUCAUUAUACCUCAAUUUCAAGGCUCACAGAAUGUGUUUUAUUUAAAAAUAACUCACCCAGGCAAAAAUAGGGAUUUAGUUGCGUCCAGCCUGUUAAACACACCUGAUGUCUAUUUUUUUAUUUUUAUUUUUAUAUAUCAUCCAUACUUUUCACUGGUAUAAUAAUGGUCCCAUGCUUCAUUAGUUAGUUUGACUUCUGUUGUUCUGCAAGAAAGGCAAUUUAAGAAGUUGUGAUACUGUGUCCCUUGUUUGUGCUAAUCAGUAAUAAUCUGAUCGCUUUCCUGACAAGCCAGCCUAUGAAUAGCAUUCAGCUCACUAUUUAUAGAGCUUUGACCCAGGGCAUGAUGGGAGAGCAACCCUGAACUGUAAACAGUGUAAGGGAUGGAGUACUGAUUUUUAACCUUGUCCUAGCUACCCACUGAGUAUAUAACUCUGUUCAGAAGUGCACAGAAGUAGCAGUGGUGGUGCUUAUUGCAGUCUGUUGAUUCAUACAGCUGGUCUGUAGUAGGAGAACGUCUUGCUUUGUGCAAGAAAGACCUGUUUCUUCACUGUUCUCAUUAUUUUGAGUACAAUGUGUAAGUAGUAUUGUGUGGUUAAAUUAGAAUGAUGUGUUGAUUGGUCUGAUGAUGAUAGAUGUGUCUAUCAACAUCAUAAUUUGUCCAGAAGUAGUGCUUUUCAAAACCCCGUAGAAGAUCAUCAAUGUCUUACAAUGAAACACAAAACGAUAAAUGCUAACUUAUGCUGUAGACCAGGGUAGAGAUUUUUACUGCUCAUAUUUUACCUGGUGAAUUACAGCAUAUUGCUGUUGCAUUAGAGUUGUGUAAAAUAAUACAUAUGGUGUCAGGUUGUGUGUGUGUGUUUUUUUUUGUUUUUUUUUGUGUGUGUGUGUGUGGGCAGGGGGAAAUGGUGAGAUCCUUGUACCAUAACCGGUCAUGUGCAUACAUGAUUAUGGUGCUUGGGGUGUGCAGUUAAUAUUCAGUAUCAAAAAAUCACUUUGAAAGGGGUUAGUUUAUGUGGGGGGAGAGGGACUGCUUAAUUGUUAUGCUAACAGAAGUCUUUUGAAAGUGUUUCAUGAAUGAUUUCUAAAUUUCUUCAAAAAUCCACUUGCAGCAAGAUGAGCAUUUCUGAGUUUCACAUUCAUGCUAAUCUGUAAUAAUCUGUAUUAAUUUAAUAUUCUCCAGUUUAAUGUUGUAACCGGUUACUCUUUCUACAGAUUCGUAACAUGGUGGCCGUGCUUGAAGUGAUCUCCAGUCUGGAGAGAUAUCCAAUUACCAAAGAGGCACUGGAGGUUGGUUUUGACUUUUUUCAACUAAAAUAAAAAAAAUAAAAAAAUUGCUCUCAAAUUUUGAUGACAAGCUACCCAUAAAAGUAGUUUUACUGUUUUAUAUUGUAAGGAUGUUUAAAGGACCACCAUAAGCACCCAACCACUUCAGCUCAAUGAAGUGGUCUGGGUGCCAAGUCCCUCUAGUUUUAACCCUGCAGCUGUAAACAUAGCAAUUUCAGAGAAACUGCUAUGUUUCACUGAGGGUAAAUCCAGCCUCUAGUGGCUGUCUCACUGACAGGCGCUUCCGCGACUCUCACUGUGAAAAUCAGUGAGAAGACUCUGAACGUCCAUAGGAAAGCAUUGAGUAAUGCUUUCCUAUGGGUGGUUUAAAUGUGUGCGUGGCUAUUGCUGCGCACACGCAAUCGAAUCUGACGUCGGCAGGGGGUGGAGAGUUCCCCUCGGCGCUGGAGAAAGGUAAGUGGCUGAAGGGGGGCCCUGAGGGUUGGGGGGACCUAAUGACCCUAUAGUACCAGGAAAACGAGUUUGUUGUCCUGGCACUAUAAUGGUCCUUUAAGUAGUUUUCAUCCCUUUGUUUCUCACAUUAGUGGGUAGGGUCUUAUUUCAAGUGGUGAAGAUAUUGUUGAAAUUACAAAGCUGGACUAGUCCGGUAAUAUCACCUGUAUAGUAGUAGCCUCUUAAAGUGCCUUCUAGCAAUACAAUAGUUCUGGGUGUGUAGCAGUAAGUAUUGUGUAAAUGGUCUACACAGUUUACCAUCUGUUUAUAUUUAUAUAGAUAUCUAUCCAUAUGGAUUCAGUGUAACAGGUCAUUCUGAUGAUGUGAUAUAACUGCAAAUAUUUUUUAAAUAUUUGCAGUUAUAAGUCAAUUAACCCCUUAAGGACGCAGGACGUUCUAUGCCGUCCUUAAGAGGGUGGCUCUAAACGCCGCAGGACUGCAUAAAACGUCCUGGGCGUCCUUGCCGCUCAUGUGGCCGGCAGCAUUACCGCACUGCAGAUCGUGGUCGGGGGCAUGCCUGGCAGCCGCCCAGUGACCGCAGUCUGCAGCCUCCGAUCGCAGUGACAGGCUGGCACUGCGAUCGGUAUUUACCACCGCGAUCUGCUCAGGUUGAUCGCAGAGACUGCCUCUCACUGCGAUCUGAUCGCAGAGACUGCCUCUCACUGCAGUGGGGGGCAUGCCUGGCCAACCAGGCACUCCCCCUGUGGCCAAUUACUGCGAUCUGCAGGAGGUGAUUACAGUGACCACUUAUCCUGUGUGUCAGCCAAUGAUUUCAAAUCACUGGCUGACACACUCUGCCUCUCCUCCCCUCUUAACCCCUUAGGUUAAAAAUAAAAUAUACUUAGAAUAUAUCUGUGUGUAUAUAUGUCUCUCUCUCUCUCUCCCUCUCUCCCUCUCUCUCCCUCUCUCCCUCCUACUAGAGGCUGGAUUAACUCUAAUGUAAACAUAGCAGUUUCUCUGAAACUGCUAUGUUUACAGCUGCAGAGUUAACCCUAGAUGAACAUGGCACCCAGACCACUUAAUUGAGCUGAAGUGGUCUAGCUGCCUAUAGUGGUCCUUUAAGAUAGUUCAGGCAUCUUGGAGAGUAUAUUUGUUUUUUUGGUUUUUUUUAUCUUUAAUCACCGAAAAAGUUUGGUUUGCAAGGAUGCUGCUGUAAAAGAUGGUGCAACUUUUUUUUUUUUUUAAAACAGCAUUUAUUAAAGAUGGUGAAUCUAAUCUACAUUGUCCUUUAUAAGGUAUUCACAAACUUUCACAAAAUGUAGGAGCCAGGCAAAACUUGCCAACUCAAUCUUAAUUUGUGUGUAGCAGUAUGGAUACUACCUCAAAUACGGUAGGUCACAAAAGUUGUAACCUACUAGUUUGUGAUUCAGUCACAUAAACUGCAUCCUGGUCUCCCAUUCUCCAUCUUUAAUGUUGCUGUGCUCUGUGCAUGGCUUUGAUAACUAAUCUUGUGGAGAGCACUCUGGGUGCCUCUGGUUGUUCCAGAACUGAUGAAAGAAUUCCAGGUUGCUAUUAUUAAACAGGAUAAUCAGUGGAGUGCAUAUAUAUGGGCGGCAUUGCUCUUUCCCUUUUAUUCAAAUGUAACUUGCCCCUUCUCAUCUGUCACUAUAACCAUGCCUUCCAUUCUUUAUAAUGUUUUGUGUUUUAUGGAGACCCUCCCGUUUUCCUAAUCUUUGUCAGUGUGUGGGGCAGAGUUGUGGAGUCAGAAACAAUUUUGUGUAACUGGAGUCAGGUUGGUUUGAAAAAGGAAAAAAAAGUGACUGGCUAAAUGUACCAUAUAUGCUGUCAUGUAAGUCAACCCCCCAAAUUUUUAAGUGUUUUUUUUUUUUUUUUCUUCUUUCUAUAAAAGUUAUUCUAGAUUUGCCGGCUAAGUAGACCACCAAAAUAAUGUGCAAAUUUUGGGCCUAAGUUAGGCCUGUGGACUCGUAUGCUUAUAAUCUGUGUUUAGGAUAGAUAGUACUGUUUCAUAUUAAAUUAAAAAUGUUUAAAUUACUGUAUCCAGUUAUGAUUUAUUUUAUUAUGAGAUUAAUAAGCUGGUCAGAGUUUAAAAGUAAUCAAAACGUUAGCAUGUUGUUUACUUUUUUUUUUUUGCCAAUAGACAGCAAUAAAUUCCUGGCACUAUAGAUUCUUUUUAACAAGCUCAACAAAUCCAAUGCUCUCCUAUUAGCUUAGAUCAUCACUUCUGGUGAUGUCAGCCAAGCAGGCAGUUCAGGGGCAGAGCCAGCAGCAGCAGACUUGAAUAAAGGCAAGUUAUUACUAUAUUUAUGGGGGUAGGGAGGCCUAGAUGGUGUUUUUAACACUAUAGGGUCAGGAAUACAUGUCUGUGUUCCUGACCCUGUAGUGUUCCUUUAACCCCUUAGUGACCAGACCACUUUUCAAUUUUUUUACCGUUUGGGACCAGGGCUUUUUUUUACAUUUCUGCAGUGUUUGUGGUUAGCUGUAAUUUUCCUCUUACUUAUUGUACCCACACAAUUUUUUUUUUAAAGUGGACAACCCUGAGUAUUCAGUAUGGAAUAUGUCAAGUCUUUUUUAGUAGCCACUUACAUAAACAUUUGCCAAACUUAGCAUUUAUAUUUGUUUUAAAAUACAAAAAACUAUGAACUUUGGCCAGUGUUUGUGAUUAAGUGGCUACUAAAAAAGACUGAACAUACCCCAUUUGCAAUACCUUGUGUUGUCUUCUUUUGCAAAUGGUAUGCCAUCAGGGGAGUAAUUCUCAUUCCUGGGCUUCCAUAUGUUUUCAAAGGCAACAUAACAAAUCUGGCAAAUUUCAAUGUGAAGAAACGGAAAAUCACGACUUAUAUUUGAUUAACUAUUAACUACUAUUAUACUCUGGAGACUUCCCUGAACACGAAUAUUAGUGUUUCAAAACGGUAAAACAUAUCACAACAAUAUCAGUGAAAGUGCCGUUUGAAAAAUGUAGUAAAACAACACUUUCACUGACAAUAUCAUUGCUGUGAUAUGUUUUACGGUUUUGAAAUACUAAUAUUUGUGUUCAGCAAAGUCUACCAAGUAAAGCAGUACCCCCCAUGUACAGGUUUUAGGGUGUCUUGGAAAGUUACAAGGUUAAAAAUAGUGCUAGCAAAUUAAAUUCUCUGGACUUUCAGCCAGGGUUGUCAGGCAGGUCCCCCUCAAUAAAAUUACUUUAUGUAAAAAUAUUAUAUAAAUAUGCAUGUAGAAUUUAAAUAUAUAUUUAUUUAUUUGAAGUCUACGUGUAUAUUUAUGAAGUUAUGUAAAUGGAAAUCUGUAUAUUUUGUAUUUUUUUUUAUAUAUAUUAUAAUUUCAUUCUACGUGUAUUUUGAUAUAAAUAUCAAAAUACAGUUAGAAUAAAAUUACAUAAUUUUUUGGGUUUUUUAAAUUAAAAAUGUAUUUAUAAUCUGUGUAUUCUUAUUAUAUGUAAAUAUUUAAUAAAAAAUAUAUAGUAUGUUAUACAUGAUAGAUAUAUAUCUAUCUCUCUAUAUCUAUCUCUCUGAGAUUUUUUGUUUUUACUUUUUUUCACCAGCAGGGGGACUGCCUGUCAGUUCAGGCAGUCCUCCUGCAGGCAGAUGCCUGGACUCCUAUUGUGGCUAUGUGACCACUCUUUCAGAGCGAUCACAUGGCUCGGGGGGCUGUCUGGGCGACCCGACAGUCAGGGGGGUUAUUGCAGGAUGCCUUGACAUGAGGCAUUGCUGCAGUACCUUUAGAGUGGAAGCGAUCGUAUUUGCAGAGGUCAGCGGUAGUUAACGAACGUUUUUUGUCUGAUGUACCCUGUAUGUCCGCGGUCACUAAGGUGUUAAUGGGGUCUUAAUCUAAAUUAGGAGUAGAAUACAUGUUUGUAUUCCUAAUGCUAUGCUGUUCCUUUAACUGAGCUUGGGUUUUGUACUACCAAAGAAAUUAGAGGGCUCUACCCAGUGCAGUUUGUCAUAACUUUAUUCCAGCUGUACAUAGCUCUAGCUGAGUAAACUUCUAUUUCACUUGUGUGUUUAACAGUUUGACUUGCACAGUCAACAUAUUGAUUUUUAUCUAUAGUAUAAAUUUUACAUAACAUGCACUUAUAUCGUUUUACCCCAAAGCAUUGGCCUGUAACCUUAUGACAAAAGUAGAGGUAGCUAAUGUGCUUGAGUGGUUUGCACAGCAGCAUAAAGAUAAAUAUUAUGCAACAUUUUGUUAUAUUUUGUUAAAACAUAAAUACGACUAUUAAAGUUUUACACGUAUUUCCCAGCACUUUACAAUUGAUAGGAAGUCCAUGCUCAAAUGAGCUUACAAUCUAGGAUGUAAAUUGAAGAAGGCAGACACAUCUUUUAGCUGUCUAAAUGCCUAAGGACACUUACUGGUGAGGUGGUCUGACCGAAGUUCUAAGGUAUUGACAUUACCACUCUUCUAACUAGUAUGAAAAAUGUGGUAGGUCUUGUGCCAUAAAAUACACUUCAUUCUUUGUGUAAAUAGUACAGCAAUUACUCUGUCCCGAUUUAUGUAUUUUAAUUUGUAAAAAUUAUUAUUAAAGGGACACUGUAGUCCCCAAAACAACUUUAGCUUAAUUAAGCAGUUCUUGUGUAUAUAGCAUGUCUUUGAAGUCUCACUGCUCUGUUUUAUGCCAUUUAGGAAUUAAAUCACUUAGUUUCUGUCCAUGAACCCCUAGUCACAUCUCCCCUGACUGUGACAGAUGCAGCCAGCUUGAAAAAAAAAUGGUUUCAUUUUAAAUGAAACUGUAUUUGCAAUAAAGGAAGUGUUAACACUAGACUCUUUACAGCAAGUGUUUAGGAAGACUGUGCAAGUCACAUGCAAGGAGGUGUGACUAGGGCUGCAUAAACUAAGUGAAUUAAUUAAUACCUAAAUGGCAGAUAUUGAGCAGUGAGACUGCAGGGACAUAAUUUAUACACCAACACUGCUUCAAUAAGCUAAAGUUGUUUUGGUGUCUAUAGUGUUCCUUAAAUAAACUGUUUUGACAUUUUUAUUACACAUAACGAACCACGGAUGAUGGUAUUAGUUGUUUAGAUGUCUUCUACUUUUUAUGAAGUACAAUGGAUAUAAAGGAUUCAUUUCAGCAAGGCCUUUCCUUACAGAAUGUCUUUUUCUUUGUUUCUUCUCUUCUUCCCACAGGAAACACGACUAGGAAAACUGAUCAAUGAUGUUCGGAAGAAGACCAGCAACGAGGAGCUUGCUAAGCGUGCAAAGAAGUUACUUCGGAGCUGGCAAAAGCUAAUAGAGCCUGUAGCCCAGAGUGAGCCAUCUGCUAGGGGCAAUGCUAAUCCUCCUGGUUCUGCUAAUGGAGGUGGUUCCCACAAUUGCAAAGCAGAGACUGCACCAACAGCACUACUGAGUGGGAAGCCCAUCCAAGAGCUGAAAGCUAGGAAUGACAUCCAGAGAGCACAUUCGCCAAAAGCUGAAAAGCUUGCCAACCGAAAGAAGAAAGGGGAAACUAGAGAUGGUACCCAAGGGACUGCUUGUAAGGUUGCUAAGGCCAGCCAUGAGCUUUUGCAAAACUCCCUGUCCCCUCCAACAAAUGGAAUUGGGGGCAGCCCUGCCGAGAGUCUCCCUAGCCCAUUAGAUGGAGGCUUACAGACAAAUCGGAUUGACCCUGCUGAGAAUGACAAACAGGUCAAAAUCCCAGUGAAUGCCGUCCGGCCUCACACCAACUCCCCCGGACUUGUUAAACACCCAAGCACUUCUUCCUUGCUAAAAGCAGCAGUGCUUCAGCAGCACAGUGGGGGUUUGGAGGAUGCCUCUUCUCAUCAACCACGAAGUCCUCGCUGUGCCUCCUUCAGCCCUCGUGGCAAUAGGCCAGAACUUGUUGCACGGCAGCACACCACAUAUGCACCAAAGGGUUCUGUGCCCAGCCCCUCACAGAGGCUGCCGGGUGUAGACGCUGCACUUGCUCCCUCUUACCAAUCUCCUGCUCACCCACCUACACCCCCUGCCAUAGCAAAAAGACUAGAGUCCCCUAGAAGGGACACCAUGGCAGUUUCCUCCCCACACAGGUUGAUAGAGCAAUUAUCCUCAGCUGAUUGCCAGCACACACCCCGGACAUCACAACAGCACACACCCCAUGGGGCUCGUACUUGUCUGCCCAAUAUAGACACCCAAACACCACGCACUGGUUUUUCGCCAGAGGCCUCCAAAAUGGACAGUGAUGAUGCUGCAUCUGGUUCUGACAGCCAGAAGAGGAAAAAAUCUCGGGGUCGGGGUGAGCAGGAGGGACUUUUGACAGAUGGGACUAGUAAACCAGCACGGGUAAAAAGGGAGCGUAUGCUAAAAUUCGACUUUAUGACUGGGCAAAUUAAACCUCUUACAAACAAAGACCCAUCUCAAGCAGAGAGUUCAGCCCCUUCAGAACAGCACAGAACUGAGACAGACAAGCAGGAUCCAAAACUAGGCCUGCCAAAUCCCUUUGAACAGACUAACUGGAAGGAAUUGUCUCGAAAUGAGAUUAUCCAAUCCUAUCUCAACCGGCAGAGCAGCUUGUUGUCUUCCUCUGGUGUGCAAACGCAGAGUGCUCACUAUUACAUGUCUGAAUAUUUAAAACAGGAGGAAUGCACUAAGAGGGAAGCAAGAAAGACUCAUGUUUUAGUCCCACUUGUACUUCCUAGUGACCUGCCUGGACGAACCAGGGAUGUCACUAGCGUUGACUUAGACAGAAUACACAACCAACAUUGGCCUGGUGUCAAUGGCUGUCAUGAUACAAAUGGCAACUGGUAUAAUUGGACGAAAGGCAUCUCCUUGGACCCUCAUGGUGAUGGUGGUAGAUUAAACAUCUUGCCUUAUGUCUGCCUAGACUGAGCUCCUGUCCCAAAUCUGCUUUGUCAUAUCUGCGGUUUUCACUGCAAAAUCAUGGGUCGCCCUACGACCACAGCUCAACACAGAAGAUUUAGAUGAGUAAUCUUCCCCCUCCCCUCCCCCCUCUGUUGCUGGGGAAGGGAGUUGGUGGGUGGUAAAUAGAGCCUGGAAAAGCAGAGAUGGGUUUUGCGGCCACUAAAUCUUGGGAAUGAAUGUCCCGUCAGUGCCCCCCUCCCCUCCAUGUUUGCUGCACCCAUUCUUUUGCGCAAUAUGCUGCUACCAGUUUAACACAAUAAAAGGAUUACAGAAAGGAGUAAAGAAAUGCAUUGGAAAGGUGUGCAAGGGGGUAAACUAGGAGUUUCCAAAACUCUUAUAGCAAAUGAGCUAUAAUAAAAACAAGAAAAAAAAAUAAAAUAAAGUGUUAAGUCUGAACCAACCCUGAAAUUGCAAGAAAGUGAGUUUUUCCAGUAUCUGCAAAUAGACUGGAAUAAAAAAAAAUCUAUUAUAUAUAUAUAUAUGUAUGACAGGUACCUAAAAGCUUAUGUGAAAGAGGAUUUAAAUAAGUCAAAGAAGAGAAGUUACCAUAGCGAAGUAUACAUUUAUUUAUUUGAGUUAACUUUUCUUCCUUUUCAGAUUUUAUUAUUUCCAUUAAAAUUGAGUAAAGCGUCUGAAGAGCAGACUUGCAAAAAACUUAAGUAUUCCUAGCAUCGUAACUGGUUCCUUAAUUGUGAAAUGGGAAAGUGAGUUUUCAAUUUGAUCUCCCCUCUCCUUUUUUUGUUUUUAUAUAUGUAUAUUUUUUCUUUAUUUAAUUAGAUUUUGUUCAGUCUCCAAUAGUUAUCGGCAGGCCUGAACAUUCCAAAGCAAUCCACAUUUUAGGUUAAAAUAUCCAACUUCUCUCCAAGCAGUUGCAAAUGAAAGCACACGAGGCUAAGGUGUCAAUUUUAUUUUUUAAUUUAUGUAUAACCCCUUUUUGUAGCAGUAAAAAUGAGAAAAUUCCCACAAUUUAUAUCCAACAGUCUGUGUUCGACCCCUCCCCUCUCCUUUUAUAAAACGUGCUUUGUUUUAUCCCAUAAUGAAAUACACCUGACAUUCAUUUAAUUCCAUAGGUUAAAGUAGUAGACAGAUGGUGCUACCAGCUUCUAAAUUAUCCACUGCAUACAGAAAGGGCCUGGUUGGAUGCUGGGGGGAAAGCAAAAAACAAACAAAAAAACUUUAAAAAUAAAACUACUUGCUACCAUUCCUUUUUAGAUGUAAUCUGCCUUAUGGGAUAUCCAUCAAACGCGAUUAAAUUUUUUUCUUUUUUUGCAAAAAAAAAACAAACAAAAAACAAAGCCUUAGUUGAAUGUACAGUAAGACUUCUGUGUUUAUGAUAUGCAGAAGAAAGCAACUUUGCUAACUUGGUCCUAUCAGUGGACGACUUGUGAUAUAAAUGUGGAAACCAUAAUAAAAAAAAAAUACAAUUUGUGCAUAGCCUUGUAAUUGUUCUUCCCCCUAACUUGUUGAUUAGAUGAAUCUUGUGCUCAGUCUUUGACUAAAUGGUUGUUGGGGAGAGCUAACAUCAUACGUCCUUG